CCCUCAGUCUGGGCUGGAGCGUGGAGUUGGGAGGAUGUGAGCUGCCGCGGCUCCCACAUUGAAAAGGAGAAGAGGCGGAAAGCAAAGCCAGCCAGAGAGAAAAAGAAAGAACGAAGCAACUCUUUAAAAGAAAGGAAAUCUUCUCUUCCCACCCCCACCCGCAGUUUCAAGGGACCACGAGUAGCAGAGAGAACAAGAGGGGGCGAAGAAGGAAGGAGACGCCUCGCUACAGUAGCAGCCGCCUCGGAAUUUUGGAAGGGGGGGUUUAAUUUUAUUUUUUUAUUUUUUUUUGCUUUGCCUCACACUACAUCAUCCCGCUUCCGGAGAUCGACCUUCCAUAUAAAAAUACACACACACGCACAUUAUUAUUUUCCUUUUAAAAAACAUUUUUUUGGUGGACAUGGACAGAAAGGAGCUGACUUCCCCGACGCCAGACGCCGACGCCGCUGCUAUUUGGACAUCUUUCAAGACCCUCUGGUGCUAUUGACUCUCUUCAGCCCCCUUUCCACGUUGUUGCUACAGAUUUAUUAGCAAUUUUUUUGAGGGGGGGAGGGAGGGAGGUUGAUCGGUCGGUUUUGUGUGAGCCUCGUGUGUGUUUGUGUGAACUGAAGACUGCUGGCUUGAAUGGAGGUGGGAGGGCAAGCUACUCUUUGAGAAGGCAGUGCGCUUUUUCUUUUUAUAACUUUUUCCUCUCCCCCUCCCCGAAGAUAUAAAUAUUUUCCCCCUGGAUUGGCUCAUCUUUUGCUCCAGUGCAUUUAGAACAACAACUAAGAACCCCAAACUUAUCGAGGGGGUGUUUGGAAAAGCGGACCAAAAGUAACCCACCGGGAGGAAACGUGUUUUUCUUUUUUGGGGGGGCGAAUAAUAUGAGAUUCUUGAGUGGCUUCCCUCUCUCCUUCGCCGUCUUCAAUGGACAACAACAAAUUUAAGAAGAGCGGCGUUUCUCGCCUUUAAAGGAAAAGAAAAACAGAAGCCUGGAAAAGAUUUUAAGCGAGGUUCGGUUUAGUUUUUUCAUUGCCUUUGGUGAAAAACCUAGAAAGGAGGAGUUAUUAUUUUCUUAUUGUUGUUUUUUUAAAAAAAAGGAAUAAAAAGGCGGGAGACCACCACAAAAUAACCUAAAAUGGAGACUGUAAGGAGCAGCUUCCAGCCUCAUCCCGGCCUGCAGAAGACCUUGGAACAGUUUCAUCUGAGCUCCAUGAACUCGCUGGGUGGUCCAGCCGCCUUCUCUGCGCGCUGGGCGCAGGAGCUGCUGUACAAGCGGGAGAACGGCAAGGAGUCCUCGUCCUCGACGUCCUCCUCGGCGGAGCCUGUGCUCCACUUGCCGCCGAUCCAGCCGCCGCCGGUGAUGCCGGGGCCCUUCUUCAUGCCCUCAGACCGCUCGACCGAACGCUGCGAGACCGUCCUGGAGGGCGAGACCAUCUCGUGCUUCGUGGUGGGCGGCGAGAAGCGCCUCUGCCUGCCGCAGAUCCUGAACUCCGUCCUGCGCGACUUCUCGCUGCAGCAGAUCAACGCAGUGUGCGACGAGCUCCACAUCUACUGCUCCCGCUGCACGGCGGACCAGCUGGAGAUCCUCAAAGUCAUGGGCAUCCUGCCCUUCUCGGCGCCCUCCUGCGGGCUCAUCACUAAGACGGACGCCGAGAGGCUUUGCAACGCCUUGCUCUACGGAGGCGCCUACCCGCCGGGGCGCUGCAAGAAGGAGUUCUCCGGGAGCCACCACGGGGCCGCGCUCGAGCUGGAGCUGACCGAGCGGAGCUUCAAGGUAUACCACGAAUGUUUCGGGAAAUGCAAGGGGCUCCUGGUGCCGGAGCUGUAUAGCAGCCCUGGCGCGGCGUGCAUCCAGUGCCUCGAUUGCCGGCUCAUGUACCCGCCGCACAAGUUUGUCAUCCACUCGCACAAGUCCCUGGAGAACCGGACUUGCCACUGGGGCUUCGACUCGGCCAACUGGCGAGCCUACAUCCUCCUCAGCCAGGAUUACUCCGGCAAAGAAGAGAAAGCCAGACUGGGCCAGUGCUUGGAUGAGAUGAAGGAGAAGUUCGACUACAGCAACCGAUACAAGAGGAAAGCACCCAGGGUGAGUCCUCUUGGAUUUGGUUUUGAGGGAUCGGCGCUUAAAUUUGGGGAUGGGGUCGCUAAAGGAUUGGGCUCUUAAAAACUCUGCCGAGAUUGCUUAAAAAGAAAGAAAAAAGGUGUGUGAACUUCGGUGGCAAGAGUAAGGGUUGCAACUGUACAAACUCUGCAGCUAGAUACUUGGUGCACCUCUAGCAUCUAUUAUGCGUAUCCAGUGAGACCUACUUCUGAAUAAAAAUGCAGAUAGAAUUGGCUGCAUAUUUUACACAGUCCCACAGAUAGCCACUUUGCCUGAACCAUGUAGUAGGAUCCCGGAAGGGAUCAUAUAUAAUCUCUUAUUGGACUCCCACCAGUCUGUGGUUCAGGCGAUAACUGUUUUAAAUAGACCUUGUUCUCUCAGGGAUUGGGAGCUAUGUAGCGAGAAGGCACUGCAUGCUCACUGGGAAAUAAGCCUCAUUGUGUUUGACUGGGCUACUUCCUAGGUAAAUGUGCAUCUAGCUGUAAGAGUCCCACAUAACUCUUUCUGAAAGGAGUGAUGUGUGUGAGAGAGCAGCUGGAAAAACCUGCUGCAUUCACCUCAAGGAUGCUUAUACCAUGCAUGCAAACUUUGGUGAAGCAUGGCCCAAGGUGUGCAGACUCAGAAGUGAGUCCUAUUGAAUCCAAUGGGACUUAGUAAUCAGAAAAGGAUCUUAGGAUUGUACUUCUAGAGAAUAAAGAACUCUGUCAGACUUAUUUAGAAAUAGAAAUAGGAUUGUGCUGAUAGGUUCUUAAGGUGAAUCACAUUGGGCUGUUUUGUCCUUUUUUCUUUUCAAACAGUCUCAAGGGAGCUGGCUUUUUCUUUUGAAAUAUAUCCUUUGGUUUUUCUUAUUUUGGGAUAUAUUUACUUCUGUAGACUAGCAGGGCUCUCUACUGGACUUUAACUGCAGCAGCAAAAUUGGAUUUAUUUAAAAAUCCUUGUAACCAAUCUGUCUUUUUCGGGGGGGGGGGGGAGUCCACACAUUUACCAUUAUUCUGUUCACUUUUCUUGUUGCAAACUUAAAUACUGUACAUUUUAUGCACCUGUUUAAACAGGACAAAAGGUGGCCUACCAUAUUCUGUCCUUGGGUUUUGCAUCUUAACAAACUCAAAUAGGUAUAUGUGGUGCUACAAAUAGGGCAAGGAAAGAUGAAUUGAAUGAAUGAAUGAAUGAAUUGAUUAUCUACAGGCAGAAAUCACUGGCUUCUAUCCUUAGGAUUAAUCUCAAAACUUGACAAAUGUAGCUACGGAAACGGAGAGCUGAAAAGCUUCUAAAUGUAUUGCAUUGGCAGGAUAAACAAACACACAACCAGAUAAGAUUCCAGACAGUGGAGGCUGGUCCAUUAGGGCAAAUGAGGCACCUCCCCACCAACCUCAGUCUGUCCUCAGCCAGCCCCCACCUGCUUGCUUUCUAAUUUACAACUAGUCCAGGGGGUGGCACUGCCUGUCAGAUUCCUCCUCCAGUCAUUGUUACCCUUGCAGAACUCAGCAGCCAAGAUGAUGGGGACAAAACUAAAAUUAGUUGGCUCUCCCUGUCAUUGGCUCUGACCGCAUCUACUGUUUGGGCUCCAUGCCUUCCUCCCUUCCAGUCACAAUGGGCACCAGCCACCACUGAUCCCAGGAUGUUCCAAUCCAGGGUACUUGCAGAUGCUGUUGAUAUAUGUGUGCAGACUACAUAGUGUAUUUUUGGUGCUCUGUACAGUGUUGAUCUAGUCCCCCCUCCACCCCUUUUCUCUCCUGAUGCUAGUUUGUGUAUGGGUUAUAUUUACACUAAGGAAAUGGAUGUGAACUGGGACAACUGCUGCAGCAAGCUUUAAAGUAUGACAGGCAAUUGCGGAGUGUGCCCAGCCAGACAGCUAGGUACUCUUUAAUCUGCAGCAGUAUUCAGUUUCCAGACUUCUCAAAGUUGGUGACUGGGUGAGAAAGUUGGGAGGGGAGACCUUGUGUUGGCAUCAAUCCUGGUCAGUGGGGGUACUUAUGCUAUGGGGUAGCUUGAAAAAAAUGCCUAGGGUCAGACAAGACACCUGACUAUUCAAAAGAAUGCAAGGUGCAGCAAAGGAGAAAGGUCUAGUUAACUCCUUAACUGCACAGACUUUUUUGAUAGUCGUGGGAAAUUAUAGGGUAUCAAAGGAGACUCAUUUAAUACUUAUUAAGGGAAUGUUCAGUUCAGACUUCUUCCUUCCCUCUCCCCUUUAAACUCCCACACACCUAUUUUGGAGAGAAUGUGCAAGCACCCACACACAUCUGGAGAUAAAGGCAUGUGCAGCUUCUCCUUUUGGGAAACAGGGUGAAUGCGCAUACAGACAACAACAACAGAAACCCACCAGGCUUUGGGAUAUCUUUCCAUUCCUGUUUACUUGGCUAUUUCCCCUUUCAAAGUGAAGGAAGUAGUUCUUUAUUUCUCCUUAGUUCCCCUCCUCCUCCACAGAUUCAGCAUAAGAGCUAUUGUAGGUCUAAAGACCCACAUUAUUUAUCAUGUGCUGCUAAUGGCUUGUCUGUCUUCAGCUAAUCAUAUGCUAAAAGUGGCAGUUUGGGGCAUAUGAAUGGAAAGUGGAGGUGCACUGAGAAUGCAGGGGCACAUUUUUUAAAAAUAUGCAUCUUUUUGAAGGCUUGUGGGACAGCGACAUAUCUUUCCAUUAUGGGCAGCAGAAAGAAAUAAUAUUUCUGUGCCCAAACUCUUGAGUGUUCUUGCACAACUUUAUUUAUAGUGUCAUAUUAGUCAUAGCUGUUUGUACAUAUUUAGCCCCCCCUCAUUGUAAUGGACUUCCAUUUUUAUGGUUUUCAGUUACCAUAUCGAUUGUGUUUCUGAAUGACUUUUGGAUAUUUGAAAGAGAAUAAUGAAUUGAUUUAUGAAAGAAAUCAGAAACUAGCAUAGAAAUUCUCAGUAACUUCAGGGGUGUGUGUGUGUGUGUGUGUGUGUAUCGUGUGUAUCUGGCCCACUACUUUUUUUUAAGGCAUCCAGCAAAUUAGUCCAGGAUUGGUGUGAAGCUUGAGACCAAAUUAAAACCUUGGUCUCAGUGCUAACCAUAAUACAUUGCUUGAAAUACUGUUUCCCAUCAGACUGAAAUAGGCAGCCUUUGCUUUUCCUCAGUUGUGAGGCAGCUGUGGUGGGAAGAAAGCCAGGAUAUGCAUAUAUCUCUGCCUGUGCCCCAAGAAUGGGAUGGAGUUGAAAUAUUAUUUCACCUCCCUUCCCAUGGUGAGUUGUUUCAAGACUUUUAACUAUGGCUAGAAGAACUUGUGUUUUUGCUCUUGAGAAGACUUUGCUAGCAGGUAGGUCACCUGUCUGGCAUCCCAACAAAAAGUUGCUUCUCUCCCAUUCAUUUUUCCAUCAGACAUAGCCAAAGGGAUAUUGUAUGUUUUGUGCUGUAGCAGAUAGCCAUGCUGGGAGCAAAACAAUAACCACAUACAAACACACACAGAGCUGCAGGAUUGGUAGACUGUGGCCAGAGGCAAAUAACAUUGAAAUAAAAUUGAGGUUGCCUAGGGAGGAAAUGGUGGUGGAAACCUAACCAAUCUUGUGUUUGGCUGUUUGCAUUUACUAUGUUUUAAGUUCUGUCUGCAUCUCAUCCUUAAGCUCUGUGUGUGUGUGUGUGUGUGUGUGUGUGUGUGUGUCUUUUGCUCACAGCUGUCUGCAAAUCGUGGGCCUCUGUGGGUUUUUGCCUUGUGUGCCCUGCAUAAUAAUGAUGAUGAUCCUUCUUGGGAGUGUGUCCCAGCUGUUGGAUGGGGACAAUGUGGAUUGUUUGAAUACAAAGAGGUAGGGGCGAUCCUACCCCGCCCCCCUGGGUUUGUGGGAGUUAGUUGGUAGUAAGAUGACUUUAUGUGGCUCUCCUGCAGUAAGCUUUGGAGAAUAGUUCCCCAAAGUGGACUGUGAGAUAAAAAACACAUCUGCCUUAUACCCAGCGGAAGCUGCAGCUGCCUCACCAACCACAUUCUGUCCUCAGUCAGCCUCCUCCUUAUAAUCUAAAGCAAGUUCAGUGGGUGCCAGCUUCCUCCUCCUCAGUAUCACCCCUGCAGAAUUCAGCAGGGAAGAGGAUAGGGACAAAAUCAGAAUUAGUUAACCCUUCCUGUCACUAGCCCUGAGCCUACCUACUGUCUGGGCUCUCUGGAUUCAUUCCUACCAAUCACAGUAGAUACUAGCCAUCACUGCUCUUAUACUGAGUCAGACCACUGGUGCAUUUAGCUCAGGACUGGUUGACACUGGCUCUCCAGGGGUUCAGAUGGGAUCUUUUGUCAGCUGUGCCUGUAAAUGCCAUGGACCGACACCUUGUGAAUACUCCACUGAGCCUAAUGUCCCUGAUGUCUCUUUGUUGAGUUGCUGAAAGCUUUCUGUGGUGGGUCUGUGAGAUGCAUUUUUCUCCUGCUGCUGGAUUCUGCCUGCAUAUGCAAAAGUUGAUGUUGGGCCAGUAAUUUGAAGCCCAGUGAUAUUCUCCCUCCAUAAGCAGAGUAAACACACCUCUGACUCCUCAGAUACUGAGAACAUAGGAAGCUGGUUUGUACUGCAUCAGACAACCCAUCUAGCUCAGUAUUGUCUACACUGACUGGCAGUGGCUCUUCAGGGUUUAGGCAAGAAGUCUUUCUCAGCCCCACAUGGAGAUGCUGGGGAUUGAACUUGGACUCUUCUACAUACCAUUGAGCUAUGGCUUUUCUUCAAUAACACAGGGUGACUCUUUCCUUUGCAAGCCUCCCAGAUGCAUUUGCCUGCCUAAGAAAAUAUUGGAGUUUGGUGCAAUUGUCUGCUGCAAGACAAUUCUUGUGCUCACAUAUUGGCAUAAUUCUGUGUUCAGUAACACUUGGGACUAUUCCACCCAUGCAGCAACCCUAGGAGGGGGAAAGGGUGUGUGUGUUUCAGCUUCUUUUGGUACCUCCCACCUUGAGUUUGGUUUCUCCUAGCAUGUUAUUUGUUUGCAUUCCUAGGGCUUAAUCAUUCCUUUGUGGAGUUCUUCAAAUCCCCUAAGCCACAUCACCUUUUGGACUUUGUUCUUUUACCUUCUCCCCUGCCCCCUCCAACACAUUCAUUGUUGAGCUUUCCCUCCUCCCUGUCCCACCCCCCAAGUCUCUAGUCUUUCCUCAUCUUCUGACUGGUUCCUGCAUCCUUGUCAACUGUAUAUGUGAAAAUGAUUUUGUUCAAGAAUGAGUUUCACCAGUCUCUUCCCCCUCCUGCCCAUCUUGUUCCAAUCACAGUCUGUUUGAUACAUGUCUGCUCUCCUGUAUGCUAUGUCACUGUGGUGAUGAAACAUGCUGCUUAGAAGGGGCCUUGUUGGUUCGUAGGCCAUGUAGUCCUGGGAUCCUGUCAUUUGAUCUGGGUUGCCAUUUGGAACACUACAAAUAAUUUGACAUUCAGUUUGAGGAGCCAUGGCUCAGAAGUAUAACACAUGUUUUGCGUGCAAAAGGUCCUAGGUUCAAUCCCUGGAAACCUCUGUUUGUGCUAUGGAAUUGCAGUCUUUAAUGUGCCCUCUAGAUAUUGUGUGGCUGUAGCAUCCCAUCAUCCCUUACCACUGGCCAUGUAGGAAUGGCCAUAGCUCAAGGGGAGAGCAUCUGCUUUGCAAGCCAAAGGUCCCAGGUUCAAUCUCUGGUAGGGCUGGGAGAAAUUCCCUGUCUGAAAACCUAGACUGAGUCACUGCCAGUCAGUGCAGACAAUCCUGUGUGUGAGGCAGCUUUCUGUGUUCACAUUUUGCACAAUGCGCAUGUUCAGUAAAACUAUAUAAAAUCAAGGCUGUUCCUUUCAUGCAUUGUAUUUUUCCUACAUGGAUGUUGGAGAGGAGGGGAAACAGGUAAAAUGUAAUGCCUGGAAGUCACACACCCGAUUAUUUUCCUGUGUACAGUCAUUGGAAAACUCUUGCCAGUUAUGGCUUUCAUCCUGAACACUUUUGUGAAAAAAAACUGUGUCUGAAGUAGCUGUCAGAUUAAGGGAAGAAAAGAGGAAAUAAGCAGAUACACACCUUUUUAUGCAGCAGCAUUCCCUCAGGCCUGGUGUUCCCUGAGGUAGGAUGAAUGUUCUGGAUUGUCAUAUGCAAACAAGCACAGCGAAAGUUCCUGCUUCUGUUUCAUAAUAAUAAUAAUAACAAUCCCUCCCAAGCCAGUGAAAGGUGUAGCAGCAAGAGAUCAAAGAGCGGAAACCUAUUCAUGCUGAGGUAAUGCAGCUUUUGGAGUGAUCUUGUGAGACCAUUGAGGCUUUUUGCAUUUUGUAGUGGUUGCAAUCCAGCCAGCUGGGAAUUUGUGGUGGCGGCAGCAGCAAAAAGAACUCCUUGUGCCCUCCAGGGGAAAUGACUCUCCACCACUGCAACCUUGGAACUGCUGCAUGCCUUAAAGAAGAGAUGGUUACACACCUCCACAAAGCAUGUGCCCCCCUCCAGUUUUCUUUGUCUUCUGCAAACCAGGCCUUUGUGUAGAUGUCUAAUUGUGCAGGUGUGAAUGUGAAGGAUCGUGCUCCUCCCUAGGCUUUUUAGGCCAUUGUGGGACAGCAGCUGUGCUAGAGUUUGACUUAGUGUGUUGUCUCCAAACCCAGGAUUGUGUUUAGGGUCCCUCCUCCUUAACCAUGACCUGUAACCAUUGAAUGUGAACUCAGGUGACACACUAAGUCAAUUCUUGGCUUUAUACUACCAUCCUGCGAUGACCCCAAAAAACCCUGGGGAAGAGCAAAGCAGCUGAGAUCUCCUUGGGAGCCAUUGUGUGUAUGUGCCAAGCUAUAGUUUGGCUGAGCAUGUAGUGUGAAAGUGGACUCAGUUUGGGGCCUUGGUUGGCCCUGGAGUGCAUGCUCUAUGUAUGCCUGCAGGCAUCUGGCUGGUGGCUUGUUGGCAUGUAUUGGCUGGAGGAGAUAGGAAGGAGGAGUGACUGGGCAGCAUGCAAUAUAAGCCAGCCUGUUGCUUAAAAAAAAAUCCUCUUCAGUUCUGUGGUGAAGCCUUUGGUCACCCACAAAGUUAGGAAGCAUGUGUUGGUCAUGGUUCCAAUCUGGUAUGGUUCAUGAAUCUUCUCCACUCCUGCCGCCAAUUAAUAACGUUAAUUUAUUUUAGCAGAGUAGACUUAGAACAUAAAUCAAUUUGCCUGUCAAUUAGUAAAAGCAGUUUCUUAAUACGUAUGCUUGGCUGUAAUUUUUUUUUUAAUGUAUGGGGGGACCUUGCAAUGCUAAGUAAGACCUGUGUAAAAUUUAAUUGCUUAUGUCCCUUUCUCCACAUUUUUCUCAUGGGGGGAAAGGAAGGCAUUUUAAUAUAUAUAUUUUCAAACCUGAGGAGAAAACAUUUCCAUCUUUGUACAGGUAAGCUUUGCAUUCCAUUCUGCUGCCUCAGGCAACUUUUCACACAAUGGUCUUCAGUUUGCAAGGAGCCUGGAAAAUAAUAGGACCAACAUUAAUACACUGCUGAUUUGGGAUGGGGGUGGAGGAGACUGUUUUUACAUGAAGUGGGGUGGGGGAAACCAUGAAGGGCAACUUUUCUUUGCUUACUGGAGGCAUGCUGUGUCCCGUCCCCCCUCGCUCUAGGUUUCAUGACAAAUAUUUAAGAGUACAGGGAAGGAUAAAGAAUCCAGUGUAUUUAUAAGAGGGGCAUUUACUCUAAGUAUAGUUUAUAAACUGCUUUGACUGGGAAGAUAGGAUGUACAUUCUACAAAUAAAAAGUAUUAUAAGGUCAAUAUCUAGGCUGUUAGUGGAAGGACUGUAGCGCACAUGCUUUUCUUGCAAAAGAUCCCAGGCUCAAAUGCUGGCAUUUCCAUGUAGUGCAAGCCUGAAACCCUAGAGAGCUGCUGCCAGUCGUUGUAUGCCGCAAACUUCUGUGCAACUUACUUAUGCAAUUGCAACCUUGCAUGCUUUGGCGAAAAACAAACAGAAAGAGGAUGAGAGACUGGGGGAAAGGAGCUGUGUGAGAUCUCACAAGAGCUUCCAGAGCCCUCAUAUGACCUUCCUAGAGCCCAGAAAGCAAGGGAGAGGGCUUUAAAACUGCAGGGAAACUUGGCAUGGAAGGAGCAUUUUAAGCCCUCCACCUUGCUUAUUGGCCUAUACAAAGGUCACAUGAGGGCUCUGGAAGGCCAUGAGAGGCUCAUGAGAUCUUGCUCCCUCAGCAUGCCGAUGUUGAACAGGCAGGAAUGAUUGCAUGGAGGGAGCAGUUCCAGGGGUCUUCCUGACUUUGCACAAUUUUGCCUUUGUGUGCGGGUCCCCAGAACGUAACCUCUGCAGAAGUUUUGGACCUACUGUAUUGCGCUAGAUGGAACCAUGGGACUGAUUUAAUAUAAGGCAGCUUCCCAGGAGAGUGGCAGGCACCCUCACUGUAUUGUUUAGAAUGCCUGCUGAAAACUUUGUGGUCCCCCCCCCCCCCAUUUCAGCAAGCAAAUCUAGACACAUAAUUUACUUACUUAUGUUUGUGUUAGUGUUUUUUAUCUGUGUUUUAUUAAUGCUUUGUGUAUUUUUAAAAGUUCUGUGGAUGUUAGCUGUGUUCUAUUGAUAAUUUUGUUAUGCACACCUCUUAGAGUUUUGUGAUUAAGCGGACUAUAACUUUUUCUAAAUGAAAGAUGGGAAUUCCUCUUCUAAGAUGAUGCUUGCACUGAGGUGCGUGUGUCUUCUGUAAAAAGAAAGGAAGAAUGGUAUUUGCAUUCAAUCAUGUGUCCAAUGAAUGGAAGGCCUCCUUCUGUCAGUGCAAUUUCCUUCUGUGAAUGGAUGCGAUACAACCUAGUGUUUUUUCACCAUAUGCAGGUUCAAUCAAUAGAUUAAUCAGCUAAAACGUGUACAUUCAAUUAAAAUUUAUUUAAUUGGGUAGCAGCUGAGCAUUUAAUGAAACAUUUUUGUUCAUAUUAGAACACAGCACAACACAACGAAACUACAACAGUGCCCAGUGAAUUCCCCACCCCACAUCCAUGACCCAUUUUCUUUACAGAAGAAAUGUUCAGAGUGGCGGAUUAUUUUCCAAACGUCUCUAGCAAAACCCUCAGUGGUUAAUAUGUAUUUUUGUGACUAAUAAGAUUCAAGCACCAGCACAUAAUAGUAAGGGCAGUUUCUUGCUACUAAUGCAAGAAAUGGGUGGUAUCUUGAUGUGGAUUCCAGUGGCAUUGCCUGACUAGGCAAGAUCAGGCCUGAGUAGUGAAAAGAGUAAUCUUUGUGCCUUUCCAUACCUCCACCUCCCCCCAACCUCUGCUUAAGUUAGUGGUAUCAUGUUAAAAGAAUAAGGUCAUAGACUCAGAUUGCUGCUUGGUUUCCCAACCCCUUUUCCACCAGCCAGUUUGUGUAAUGUCUGUCUGAAACAGUUGAGUAAGGGCAUUGAAAUAGCAGACAGGAUAUCAAGUGUUAGGAAGUCUGGGUUAAGUAUAACAGAGGCUCCAGUAUAUGCUGAUGGGUUCAGGAGAGCAAUCCUUCCAGAUUCAAUGACAGGUUAGCUGCUCUUGAAGCGAGCCCCAUCUGAGCCCCAGAAGUGCCUGUUGUCUUUCAACUCAAGCAUACCCCAUUAAUUUUUCUGUGUGGUUUAUUAAUGCUGUGCUCUGCCCAGGGAGGUGUCAGACCAGCCUCCUGAUUUUGAUCUCUGGACACUUUCCUUCCUCUCUCUUCACUGAAAUGGUUGCACAAACUGUAACCUCAUCCUCACUCUCCAAAAGGCUUGCAUAAGUUUAAGGUGGAUUUCCCCCAUUGUUAAAUUAUUCGAGCUUUAAAAUAAAAUAUAUUUUAAGCAGCUUUGCUACAUUUUGUAGCGCUUGCUUUGCAAGUAGUUUAUUAUUUUAAAUCUUUAACUGGACAUCUGAAAGAAUAGGGAGGAAUUUUUACUUUAUAUUUGCAUUGAUACCUAACAUUUGAACGUUCAUUCCUGUUUAAUAUCCUCUUUUACCAGAAUAGUUUUUUUUUAAAUAUAAGGCGUAAUGGGUUGUACCUAGCUAUUAUUCACCCAUUGAAAUUAAUGAAACUAAGUUAAUAAUACCCAUUAAUUUCAGUGGAUCUACUCUGAGUAAGACUAGCAUUGGCCCAGUAUCUUCUUUUCUCUGGCUGAAUUUUGGUGGCUGAAUGCACAAAAGCACACAGAACAGCUAGUUUCAGAAAAGUGUUGACAUAAUCUUGACAUAAAGAAUCCCUGACUUUGAAAUAAGGUUCAGCCACUUCAGGGAGCUCUUGUUUGCUGACUUUUGCCCAACAUUUGCCUAGGAGCAUUCUUCUAAAAAUUAGAAACAAGGAUGGAAACAAGUUUUUUCUUCAAUAUUGGAUUAUGUCGGCUUUUAAAGUUGUUGGCCAGGAUCCAAAGAAGUGUGUCUAAAAUUUUGAACUUUUCAACAGUAUCCCUUCCACCCCCAUGCCAUAUGGCAACCUGCUUUUGAAAUUCAGGGGAGUUUCAAAAGCUGUUUGUGAUAUGGCACAGGGAUCUGUUCAGAGGAUGAUGGGUGGAAACAAACUCCUGGAUGUAUACAAAGUAUUGAGCUGUGUUUUAAUUCUCUCCCCUCCCCGCUCUCUAAAUGUGUGAUUAUACAAGAUGGCAAUGUCUCAGGCGAUUUUUUUUUUAAUCCUGCAAAGAAAUCAGAUGUCCACACUAUGCUAAUUGUUAUGAGGCUCUCCUCUUUAUGAUCCUUGUGCUAACAUAAGGACUGUCCUGCUGGAUCAGAACAAAUGCCCAUCUUUCCCAGCAUCCUGUUUCCAGAGUAGCUGGCUUGCUGUUUUUGGAAAGCUCACAAGCAAGGAACAAAGGAGAUGGCCAACCCCCGUAUGAUGUUUGCCCUACAGAGUAUAGUAUUUGUAAGCACACACUGCUUCUGUAAGGCAUGGGUGCCAGCUGCCCAUUUGCCAUGGGAUUGUAAACUCAUGGGAGCAUGCUUAAAUAUAUUUGCACCUAAACCAGUGAUUGGGAACCUGCAGCCUUCCACAUGUGAUAGGAUUCAAACUUCCAUCAGCCCUAGCCAGUAUGGUCAGUCGUCAGAGGUGAAUGGAGUUGUAGUCCAGCAACAUCUCUAGAGAGUCCUCUUACCUGGUACAUAGGUGGCUGUUAGUUUUUUUCAGACAUAAAACUUGGCACUCAGUGAUAUAGGUUAUUCUUAAGAAGCAUUUUUAAAGCUGUUGGCUAGUUCAGUGUGCCUCCAAGCUUUGGUAAUUGUUCCUGUGUGGAUUGAAAAUCUUCAGCUGCACCUCAUGUAGGGUAAAAUAGGUACUGAAAUAUAUUACUUCACCUAUGCCUCUAUUUGAAAUCUGGAUGAUUCAAUGUUGCGUAUUUAAACAAGGUAAGUAUACUUUAUGGCAUUUUAUUCACUUUGUUUAUAACCUGGAGGUAAACUCUUAAUUAAUAGGUCUAGGAAUUAGGAGUCUAUCGUAAUAAUACAUUCAACAUCAGAAGUAUUAUACUGCUUUGAGAAUUUAUUGUGAACCCUAUUUUUUUCAUAUAUUAGUGUGGAUUGGUUUUAAUAGGAAGUCUAGAUUUUUAUUUCCUUGUCUGUAAGUCAUUUCCAGUUCCAAGAAUGUGCCAUCAUUACGUCUCAGUCACCACAUCCCAAGCGGGCCCUUUUUUAUUGAGAGUCUGUACCGAUGCGGUUGAACCACAAAGUUUGAGGUAUGGGGUUUUCUGCCUCCAUUCAGGCAGUCUCUGAGAAGGACCUCAGCUUGAAACCCUAGCCUCUAGAGCAAUACAGUUGAGUUGUGAGGGGAGUCAACCCACUUCCUGCCUUGAGUGGGAAGGUGAUGGGUAUGUCUCAUAGGAACAUUGUUCCUGUUUCACUGCUAUCUUACCCUUAUGGCUAUUUACAAAUGUGUGCACAGUAUCAUCAUGGCCAGUGGGGAAAGGGAUAUUGGCAAAUGGGAGAGGUUUGGGGAUACUGAUAAUAUUCUCUUCUUUCUGCACAAACCUGUGGGGGUAUUAAGAGUAUUCACUACAUUUAUCCGUUGCCUUAUGUAAUCAGUCUCUAGAUGAUGUGCAACAAGUGAUAUAAAACAAGAGUGGAAAGAAAAAUGUCAAAACACAAACAGUUCAGAAUAAUAAACAAGCCAAGCAGCAAAUACAAGCAGUUUUUUAACAUACAAAAACAUGCUAAAACAAACUAAUUGACAUCAAACUGAGUAGAGACUAACAUCAGUUGACGUCAAGGUAACACUAACAUGUUAAGAAGAUAUUCAAAGGCCUGGGAUAAUAGAAAGAACUUUGCUGAAAAGUUGGUUGCCACAUGGGUUUCUCUACAAAAAGGAGGCCAACACCAAGCAGACAUUCUGAGGCACUCUCUACCUUAUGAUGUGAAGCAGACAAGGAUUCAGGAUUGGAGAUUUUGUCUUGUUGAACCUGCUUCCCAUAUAUGCUUAGCUAGUGCCAACUUUGUUAUCUUUUUGGCACCAGAUGAAUACCAUGUUAUUCACUUCUAGUUACCAAUAUUUACAAAUUGUCUAUCUGCAUAUAUGUGUUGUAGAGCAGUGUGUAGGAGGACCUACUGGAAGGAAUACUCAUCUGAAAUAGUGUGUGUAUGGGGGUUUGAUUAGAUGACUCUUGGGGUCCCCUUCCAACACUACAGUUCUAUGCUUCUAUGAAAUGAAUGUAUUUUCACUUAAAUGAAGCAUUUCUAAGAAAUGUUGUUCAUUAACAGAAAAGGGUCUCUUAUCCCCUGCUUUCUUGAUCCACGUUCUUUUCCUGAUGCCUACAGUGUGUAAGGCUCCUGUCUCAAAACACUACAGCAACUUUUACUUGAAAAUAUGCAAGAGAUCAUUAUUCAUGGUAAUAAUGUUGCAGGCUCAGCAGGAUGCACAAGGUCCAGAAUAAAGAUUACAUGGUUUUAUCUAGUGCAAGUCUUAUUAAACCCAUUGAAAUUAAUGGAUAUGACUAAUUUAGGCCUGGUAAUUUCAAUGGAUCUACUCUGAGUUGGAUUUAACUGAAUAAAACCCGCAACUGUCCUUUCUGCUGUAUAAAUUUAUCCAUGAAUGCAUGCUUGGGGCUUUUGACAGAACAGAAACAACUGAAAUGUGAUACUACACAAAGAAGGUUAACUGAAGGAAUCUCUGCAUUUUUAAAAAAUCUUUCCUUCAUAACUUGAACAUUAAUUCAUUUUUAAAUUGUUCCAUUUCUCUUCUUUGUUUGAGUGGAUUAAAAGUGUGACAGGAAAUUAAAGGAAUUGAGAAUAACAUAUUAAGCAUUUAUAAGUGUUCAUAGCGUUUUUGCAGACUCACACCCCAAAUGUAGUUUUUUGAGUCACAUAAACCAUGGUUGGUUGCAACCGUGUAGGCUCUUACACAUGGAAUUUUGUGCGUAGUUAUGUUUGUGUAUGGAAAUUAGAAAUUGUCAGGGAAGAUGAGAACACAGAUUCUAGCAAACCAUUAUUUCUAAUAAGCCACUGUUGUUUCUGUUGAGUAUCUUAUCACAAUGGCACAUACUACAUUUGCAGUAUUCUUGCAAGGCAACAUCAAUAAAUAUCUUGGAAUCUGUUUUAAUAUUUAAACUGGAAACCUCCUUCGCACUCUCUGUCCCCUUGCUCCCUAGUCUUUUCCCUAUUAAGUCUAAAUAGGCUUAGGAUCGGGGAUAACCUAAAAUAUGCAUUAGUAAACUGACAUGCCAGUUCUGCAUUGCAUAAUGCAGAGCUGAGCAACCCCACUUGAGUAGUUGAGAAUCCAUGAAUGGAACUAAACAGAACUGUUAAUCUGGAUGAGGGGAAAAAAAAGUCUUUUCACACAAGGAGAGGUGUUGUUUCCACAUGAAGCAUCUGGGGAUUUGGGGCCUCUCACCCAGCUGCACUAUGUAUAUGAGGAUGCCAGAUUCAUACAUUUGGCUGUGUGUAAAAUAUCUUGGCUCUUUGGGGAUAGCUUACACUUGUCAGUCAAAGACCUUGAAAAGAGCCCCUUCUAUUUGUGUGCCUGUAUUCGUUUGUCAGAUUUGCAUGAAAACAGCUCCUUUGUUACUCAGAAGAGACCUGUGGUUAUUUAGGCUCUCCCUAGUCUCACUCCUCUGAAAUCAUAAUCCUCUGUGACAUCACAAUUAGUUGCCACAGUGACCAUAGUGAUGUCACAAAGCAAGGAAGAAGAGUAGUGGUAAAAUGAUCUACUUCCCAGCCUCUGGGAGAGAUGUGUGUUUUUGUGUUAAAUCCCCCAAAGGGGGAGAGAUUUAGAACUUGUCCAGAGUGUUUUGCAGCGAGGCCCCAUUGGGUGAAAAUUCCCUGCACUGGAUUCCUGCAAAGACCUUACCACAAUGUAUAACUGGUUGCCAAAUUUGCUCUGUUAAUUAUAAUGGAAGACCCUCAAGGGGCCUAUUUAUGUUUUGGCACCAAUCACCAUUUGGAAAGGUUGCUGCUAAAUAUUUUGUGGUCAAUUGCAAACCAGAAUUUGCUUUCUUGGGAAAACUCCCCCCGCCCUACCACACUCCUCAUCUGUUUAUAGAAGGUUGGCACUGAACAAUGCCUUCUCUGAACUGUGAGGUUGCCAUUACCAGAUUGGCGUUUCCCCCCCUUCAUUUGGAUGCAGUCUUAAACUUUGCCUCCCCUCCCCUUUCCCCUUCCAGACUCUGCACAGCCUCAAUGCAUCCUGGGACUUCCCUUUUGCUGAAUGACCUUCUUGUGUGACAGGGAGGAAGCAAGGUCCCACUUGGAUUGAUAGGAGAUAGGGAGGAGAGGAGGCAGUCAGCAAGGGAGAGCAAACCAGCAGGCAUGCAGUAGCAAAGGGGACAUCCUGCUUUGUACACAGACUACAGCAAGUGAGAAUCAGAUUUUGUUUUUGUUUUUUACCAUUAGUGCUGCCCACAGCCAGUCCAUUAAUAAGGCAGUUUUCUGGAAAACCAGAGCUGGAAAACCAGAGCAAAGAAGAAAAAAAAAGGCAUGUUAAUGCCUGCUGGGAGAUGAAAGGGCAUAACUCAUUAAACAAACACCUAACUCAUUUCUCUGGAAGAUUGGAAGGCAUAGACCCUAACCCCAAUCUUGAGAGUGUUGGUUUUAGGAUGGCGUAACACCAUCAACUUCAAACGAUUUUGCUCUUGAUUUACAUUGGAGCGGUGUCUGAAUCAAGCCUUGAGAUGCAAUCUCAGACCUUUUAUGUGCCUCUUGCCAUUCCUUUGCUCUGGCUGAGAAGAUUAGAUGCCAUUUGUGCAACAGCAGAGUUAGCAAUGAGGUAUUUUAAAUCCUUUUGUGGAAUAGAGGUGGUGGUGCAAACAUUUCUCACUGAUUGCCAGUAGGAACCUUGUGUUUUCCUCCAUUGUAUGCCUGUCUGUGGGUUCUGAAUCAGGUUUCCAGCACAGUAGGAACAUAGGAAUGUGCCUAAUACCAAGUCAGACCAUUGGUUCGCCUAGCUCAGUAUUGUUAAAACUGACUGCCAAUGGGAGAUGCCAGGGAUUGAAACUGAUACCUCCUUGCACGCAGAAUGAAUCCUCUACCAUUGAGCUAUGACCAUUCCCUGUAGGCUGAGGAAAGUGUGCAAAAUGGGUAGGUCCUAGUGUUUCAGAAAGCAAUGGCGGCAUCUAGGCUAUUUCCACUGUUGUAUCUUCGCAGCAUGACUGUCUCUGACUUGUUGGAAGGGGAGCCAGCUGUCAUUUGCAUUUCAAACACCAUUUGCCUGAAUGAACCACCCAUAUUGUUGCAACAGCCAGAGUGAAUAGAAUAUUGGACUUGGGGAAGCAAGUUCCUCUUGCCUGGUCCACCUCACAGGAUUGUUGCAAGGAUACAGCAAGAUAACCCAAUUUUAAACCUUCCUUUUGAGGAAGGUAAAGAAAUGUCAAUGGGUUUUUUUUGGGGGGGGAUAGCACUGAAAUGGUCAAUUUUGCUGUCCUCUCUCCCCUGUUUAGUUGUCCUUGCACUCUGGAACAUAGUUCUGGGCAUGCAAAAGAAAGAAAAGGUUUUUUUGAGGGGGGUGGAAUACUCUCUUGCUGGAGGAUAAUUGAAUCAGUUUAUGGUGAAGGAGUUGGACAGUAAAAAGUACACAUCCAGGUGGGUAUACAAACCAUUUAGCAAGUCUUUGUGAUGUGAUGCUCCACAUUUGGCUUUGCAAAAUUAUUCUGAAGGAGUUAUUCCCAGAAAACACAAAGGAGAUUGUUGAUGCUGUUGAAGAACAGUUUAUUAAUAUACAGGAGCCAACACCUUCCGUUCUCGGAAGCUCCUCCUGUUGCUUGGUACCUCCUGUUUGUUUUACCUGUAGGCUUGCUUUAUCUUAAGAGAAGAAAGAGAGAGAGAGUCUUGCCGAAAUCAUUUAUCCUUUGAGUUGAAUGAUAUGCAAAUGUAGUCAAUUAAGCAAGGGUAUUUUAAUUAGCAGUUUAAGUUCGUGUGCAAAGUGUCUUGCCUUAAUUGCUUGACAGUUUUGUUGUAAAUUUGUGAAGCCCCCCCCAACUAUCAAAACUGUGAGGUUUUUUCAGUAACAUUGUUAAUUCUCGUGAGUCUCACUCUGUACAUUUGACCCUCAUGCUUCUGUUUCUUCAUUCAUAAAGCUCUUUUGCAAACUGUGCAGAAGAGGUAAAUUAUGCCUCUUAAUUACCUCUAAUUAAAAUAUUGCUUUCAUUUUCUUUCUAGAAUUAAUUGAGCUUUGGUGUAUCAGGUCCUCCCCCGCCCCGCCUUUUCUAUAGUUCUAUAACAACUAUAGAAUUGCAUAGAUUUCACUCAUUCUAGCCAGGUGUCUGCAGUGCUGACGUUCAGUGUAUCUUGCUGUAUUGUAAGCUGGCUGGGUAACUGGUUUUCCAUUCCACUUAACAGAAAUUUGCAGUAGUGCUGAUCUUUUGUUGCCCCUUCUUCCCCCAAAACUGCAAUCCCAAGGUGGACAAAAUUGGUUAUUUAUAGUAGUACUAACUGGAAGACUUGUAGAGUUAGAAAAACAUUGUAUUGUCCAAUCCUCAAUCCUUCAACAAAAGAGUUCCCUAAAAUCCACCUUUUCUUCAAAACCCCACAUGGACCCUCAGGAAUACAGUUGAGCACCUUUAAGAAAUGUAUGUGUUAUCUACUUAUCUAAUAGGUUGACUCAGUAACCAAUAGUUUGCUUUUCCAUUCUUUUCUAUCCUGCCUUUUGCCAGAUGGUAUCCAGGGGGCUCAAAAUAUAAAACAAAAAUACAUUAAUAAUGGCAAAUUAAAACAGCCAACAAACUGAUAGAGCCAGCAAUUAAAAGCCACCAUCAAGAUAGCAAAAAUAUAAUUUAAAUUGAAUCUCAAGUACCAUUGAAAGCCAUUAGAGGCAUGAGGAAGCAACAUAGACUUCACCCGUCACCUAAAAGAUGCCUCCUUCCCAGCAAAAAAAGGCAAUAGGCACAUAUGGUUUGGGAGUAAGUUCAGUAAUUUGGGAACCUCCUCAGAGAAACCUGUGUCUACAGUAGCCAUCGCCACAACCUCUAAAACAGCCCCCACUUCCGAUACCCUCCUUUAUGGUGCUGUUAUUGAUAGGGGCUCAAUAGGAUGGGGGUAGCCAAUGUGUUGCCUUCCUAGUAUUGUGGGGCUCCCAAGUCCCAUCAUGUACUUUCUGGCAGACACCUGGAGGGCAACAAGUUGGCUAUCCCUGCAUUAGGAAAUGUUCUUAUGCAUUGUGUAGAGUAGUUUUUAUUGCUUGUUCCACUUGUCUUCACUGCUGUUGAAUUUUUCAGCUAACAUUCUAGGCCCUCAUUUGCCCAGAUUACAAGAUGCCUUAAUCAGAUCAUUUGAAGUUCAAGUGUUCAUUAAACUGGUGCCCAGCAGCUUUGUUGUAGUUAAGGCUCAGUUGCUUUUCCCAUUAAAAACAACAACAAGGCUGCAAGUUCACCCCACCCUGUCUUGUGGAAGGACUUCAUACCCCAUCUGUUUUACUUUGCUUUAGGGUUGAAAACAGGAGCAGAAGAACAGAGAAGGGGGUUUAUUUGUGCUCCUUCUUCCCACUUCCCACCUCUUGGGAAAAGUCAGUUAAAUCUGUGUGCAUUUAUUGAUGAUUAAACUGGCAGUAGGCACACAAAUUGUUCCUCUGAAUUUGGGUAUUGGCUUAGUUUGAAAGCAGCUGACUUAUCAAACCUGUGGAUUUGGAAAGGUGCUUGCUAGUUUUGUAAACUGACAACUUUCCUUCUAUGGAAAGUUUAAUAUUUACUUUUUUAAAAACUACGUUUACUAGAAGUGAUGCACAGCCCUGUUCAGUAUGACCCUAAUAACAAAGGGUAACUUGAGUAAGGGGACACCCUUUGAAUUAAGGGAUGUCUCUGAAAAUGAGGGGGACAUCUGGCAGCCCUACUGGCAUAAUCUGGCAUAAUUUGCAGCUCAUUUAUGUGAAGCUGGCUGGGCUUGCUGCUUUGUUUCAUUUGCACAGGAGUAAAUCCAGGGCAAUUCAGUGGAAAUUGGUGCCGUUGUAAUUGCAGGAACAUGGCUUAUGUAUAAUUUGUAUACUUGUGCAUUCAUGACACAGUACUAUAUGAAUAGGUAAACAAAUCUUGAAACUAGUCUUGAUAGCCAGGCAAAAAAAAGAAAGAAAAACAAUUCUCCAUGAUCUGCCCUGCUCCCUCUGACAGGGUCUUCUGACAUUACACUAAGCUCAGGGCCCAGCACAACUUGGAGGGUGGGAUUGGGUGAACCUUGCUCAUUUCUGCCAACAAGGAGAAGGGUGGUAGCUCACCUCAGGCACUCAGAAACCAGUCUACCCCUGAUUUAGGGCUUAUUAGAACCACUGCAUAUUGUUAAAAUGUGUUUAGUUGGUUAUAGGUUAUGAAACAAUCCAUGUUUUUAACUAUUAAUGACUGCUGUAUUUGGAGUGAUAAGUGUAACAUUGUAUUUAGAGUCCAGACAAAUCUGAUCUUGAUUUUUGUGACGAUGAAAUGUGUUACAAGAAUUUUUAAGGUUUGUGUAACUUUAUUUUUAAAAAAUUUGUUGUGUAUGAUACAUAUUCCAUCUUGCUGGCUGUCACUUUGUAGUUUCUUUUGUAGGGUUUGAUUUCCUCCACCCCCUUGCUUCUUGUGUGUGUCAUGAAUGGAAUAAGAUACAUCUGGAAGGAUGCAAUUUCAUAGAGGUUUGCAAGUAAAUGGGAAAUGAAAUAAAUAUGCCAAGGAAAAAUGUGGAACAACCUAGCCCUGAAACCCUUUAGAAACAGAUAAAUGGAGUCGCCUCUCAGGGAUAGGCACUAGAGCAAUUCUUUCUCCCCAUUCCCUCAUGUGCCUGCUUACAGUCAUACCUCGGGUUACAGACGCUUCAGGUUGCGUGUUUUGGGGUUGCGCACUGCGCCAAAACCAGAAGUACCAGAACAGGUUACUUCCGGGUUUCGGUGCGUGCGCAGAAGCACCAAAUCACGUCCCACGCGUGCACAGAUGCAGCGCUGCGGGUUGCGAACGUGCCUCCCACACGGAUCACGUUCGCAACCCAAGCGUCCACUGUAUUUAUAGAUUUUUUGAAAAUUACAAAACAACAUUAUAUUAACUGUUACUCUUAAGUAGUUAUUUAAAACAAAACCACAAUUUUCACUCACAUAUUCUCAGUCACCAGAGAUCAAAUCCACUGACAGUAAAAAACACAGUAUAUUAAAUAUCACACACACAGAGAGAGAGAGAGUAUAUGGAUGGAGUUUAGCAGGAAUUUUAUACAUCCCUUUUACAAAUAACUUUGAGGAAUAGUCUAGAUAUAUUCUGGGGCAGUGAGAACUGUUGUGUGACAUCUUCCAAGGGGUCUUUGAGCCCACGGGAAAAACAUAUGAUUUGAAGCAGCUAAUUUUGGAAAGUGAUGAAAGAUAGUGUUUUUAGGGUAAAAACAAGGGCUCACCAUUACCUCCCUUCCAAAUCCCCAUCAAGCUGGACUUUUAUCACAGCUGAGCUCAAAAUGCCUUGAAUAAACUGCUACAUGGAAAAACUGCUUUUACCAAACUUUUAUUUUCCUUUCCUUUUCUUAAAAAAAAGAUGUAAUAAAGCAAUGAAAUUGUGCUGUACACCAAUUCCUCUUGCUCCCUGGUGUUGGUGCCCUUUGUGUGUUAGAUUUGUUGCAAAAAAAAAAAAAAAGGUUGAUAGGGAGAUUGGUGUGUAUCUUUUCUUUCCUUGUUUUGGGGGUGGGGUGGGGGCUGGACCAUGUAAAUACAGUCUGUGUUGUUUAAAUGUGUCAGAGGACAGGUUUAAUUGUGUGACCCUCCCUCACCCGAGCUCCAGGCAGCAGAUGGUCCCACACUCCUCUUUUCUUUUCAUCCACGCCUUGUCGGCUACGAUUCCCAUGAUGCCAAUAUUGUUUGUGUGUGUGUGUUUGAAAAAUGGGUGCUCUGUGUGUGUUAGUGAGCUGCCAAAUAUUCUCUAUUGUUGUUACUAGCUUGGCUCUAUUUUACUGACUGUAACAAGCAUUAACCUCAUUUGAACCCAAGAAACAAAAGUGGGGUGAGUGGGAGAAAAUGGGGGGGUGGAUGGAGCUGGAGGAAGGAUGAAACUGAAUUUUUUAAACUUAAAAAAUGUAAAGAGCCCACUCAGCAGAACAGUACAAGCAAAUCUAAAGCCAAUAAUACCACGUAUUAACGGCAGCUUCAGGCUUGUAGCAUUUCCCCCCACCUGCAAGUGUAAUCUGCAACAUGUCGUUGACACAGUAAUAGUGCAUUAGUAGUGAAUUUAUACUGAAUGGUCCACGCACCAUUCUGCAGUAUUAGUUGUUCUGAUUGCUGUUGAUGGGGCAGUCUUGCCCUAACUAUAGGACUCCUUGGGGAGGAAGGGUGGGGUAUCAAUCCAAUCAAUCAAUCAAUCAAUCAAUCAAUCCAUAGCUACAGAUAUGAACCCAUGUCCAUGCCCAAUAUGUGGCACAGAAUAACAUAUUGCUACCACUGAACUGGAAAUGUCAGUUGCUUCCCCAGUUAAAGUGUGUGUUUUCUGGUGAAAGUAUCCCAGUUUCUUUUGCUUGUAGCUGAGUCUUUGUGAUGUGUGGGAAAUAGCUGUGGAGCAAGAACUGCAAAUAUUUUGUAGUUCCUGCUGUGCAUCUUGUACUACUUGAAGCCUUCCCAAAUGCAGUGCUAAGGAACCUUUACCUAAUUCUAUGCUGCCUGCAGGGAUGGGCUUCAAGGUGGCAGACAGAGAGAAUCCCACAGUGCUGAAAAUUCUACCCAUUUUUGUCUCUGGUGUUGUGUGUUGUUACGGGUGUCCCUCAAUCCCCAUGGACUGAUAGCCCUUCCUAGGGGGAGGGUUUUCCCGCCCUUGCUUUAAAUAGAGUCCAUUUUUUCCUCAACUUUUGUUGCCAUAACUGGAAAUUUAACAUUUAUUUUCCCCUACACACCAUAUGCUAACCUCCAUUAAGUUUUCACUCUGCAGGGUGGGCAUUCCAUACUUCUUAAAAAAGCUUUUAAGUCUGAGAAGAGUGGGCUUCUACAAGCCUUGUGCUCAAGGGAACACAUGGCUUAAAAGGAGGGAGGGGGGAAAGGAUAAAGAUGAGCCUUCUGCAUUAGUUCUGCUGGCAGCCUCCCACCAUGGUUGCACAGCUAUGGAUUUUAAAUAAUUUAGCUAAAUGCGCAGCAGUGUCUGCAGCAGCAGCAGCAUUGCUGGAAACCCUCGACUCAGCAGACAGACAGUCUGGCCAAGAGAAUGACAUGUUUGCAUUCAAUAUCCCAUCAUGUCAUUUGACUAAGGGAUACUGUUUAAAAGGUUUACAAUAGCUCUAAAUCUUGGGUGAGUUACCUGUAUACCUCCUGGUGUUGUUGGCCUUCAUCUCCCAGGGAUAAUGAGCGUUGCAGCCCAGUAACAACUGGAGGGCCAUGGGUUCCCCUACUCCUGUUCUACAUAGUGGGGAAAGAGCCUGUACUCAAGAAGGCUGCAUAGUAAUGAAAGGGAAGUGAAAAACCCUGCCUUAUUAAAUCUCUCAGUGUUUUUGCAGCCGCUAGCUCUCAGGAAUGGUGAGUCAUUCUCAACCUGGGAAAUCAUGAGAGCAGUUUAAAAUGUCAUGAGAUUUCAAGUUAACAGUGACUUUCAGGAGCCGUUUCUGUUUUCAGGGGGAUUUAUGAGAUUCUGUGAGGAAAUGGAGACCAGACACAAACUGGAAGUCAAGAUGUCUGAAAGUAGAAGCUGUUUUUUAAAAAAAUGAAAUUGCCAAUAUCUCACCUUCAGUUUAACUUUACAAAACGCAAGCAUUGUUAGCUCUUGUUUUCAGGGGAACAAAUAAAGAAACUUGUCCUCUCAUCCUCUUUAAAUUUGAGACUUCUUUCUGAAAUUCAGCAAACAAAAGCAAAAAAUAAAAUAAAAAAAACACCCCAAACCAAUUAUCAUGCCUCUGUCAUUAUGUGAACAGUGGACUGAAAUGCUCUGUUCCAAUAUUUGCCCCCUUAAUAUAACGUUAAUAAAAUUUGGAUAUGAUAAAAGGAGAAGGGGAUUUAAAAAAGGGUGUAAAGUCAUGUAAAGUUUGGAAAAUACCCACUGAAGAAUAGUGAGAAAGAAUAGUGUAGAAACCCUAUUGAAACAAAUGGGGACUGUGUAUAAGAUUAGGAAUGAUCCCGGAACUGGUAUGCAGCUCUCCCCACGAUUUUAAUAUGAACCAAAAUGAAAACAAGGGAAAGUAAUUAUUUACUGUGAGCAGGAUAGGCACCAGGGUGCUGGUGCAUCCAUUUAUAGGAUUUCAGGAUGAGUUGGUCGAGGCAGUUCCCUUCUGUUGUUAGCUCUUCGGGGUGUUGUGCUUUUGUGAAAGGCAUUGACACACAACCUCGGCAGACCAAAUAACAAGAAAAUAAAACAGUUCACUCUUUCUAAAGUCAUCAUCUAGCCACCCAUCACUGUCUUUUCAGAAGCCCAGAUGGUAAACAACAGUGUGAGGUGAAAGGGGACAGGGGGCUUUGUCCUCUUUUCUCAUGCCUGCUUUUAUUGUUGGUUUUUAAAAAAAUAUGUGUGUGACCUUCACACAUGCGCCUGUGUGUGUGUGUGUGUGUAACACCCCCACUCUAGCUUUCCCACUUUCUAAGAAAUAAGGCACAAUUUGUGGAGUAAAAUAGAUGUGACCACUGGUAAGGUUACUUAGCAGCUCUAAGGACCACAUAACCACAGUGAGCGUAGCUGCUGUGCAGGCUUUCCCCAACAUCCUUUUCACACGGAAAAUGAUCGUUGUUUUCUUGUGUGAUUGCAUUCUGCUGCAGUGCACAAUUGGCUGCUUUAUGUUCUUAUCUGGUUUUCUUUUGAAGAACAAAUGGCCCAGGCUUGCAUUAAGUGGGUUUCUACUGUUGCCAAUAACCAUAGGAAAAUUGAAUGUGGAUUGUUGCACCUGCACCCCAGAGGCAAUCUUGUUUCAGCACUGCAAGAUGAUCCCUGGGUGUGGUUGGUCUGUGUGUGUGGUGAGAGGUGCUAAAUAGUAUGUGAUUGUCAAUGAGAGGGCGAAAUUAUCGAGGGAAGUGGAUAAGCUUUCUAAGAGACCUGGAAUUUUAUCUUUGGGUUGCACCUAUUCUAAUCAUAUUUUUAAAAUUCUACCAGUUUUUGAACUGCAUUUGUUCUUGUGGGGAGUCUAUGGGGGGAAUCAGGUGAACAGCUAGAGGCUUUGACAUGCAGAAAUUGCUUUUGCUCUGAUCAGCUAUGCCUGGCAGUUAACCUUGUGUCAAAACUACAAAACUAGUCAGGAUAGGCAGCUGUUGGCGAAGGUCCAGAUCUGAAUUUCUGGAAACAUUUUCAUGCAGGAUGCCCACCCAGCUGCAAUAGCUCAUAUGCCACAAGGACUUUGAUGAUCCAUUGAGAGGCAAAGUCUUGCUUUUCAGCAGCCUGGGUUUGUCAAGCUAAAGAGCAGAGAGUCCAACUUUGCUUUCCAGUUCCACUUGAUUGGAGCAAGGAGGCCAGCCAUAUUUUGGAGGAUUAUUGAAAUCCCUGGGAACAGGGGUUACCAGUCUUUGUUUCAAGCAUUGUUUCAAACUGCUGAAUAUUAAUGAGGUGGUGUGGGAGUAGUAGACUGAGAGGAGUGUGAGGUCUGGUUACACAUCUCAUUCUUGACAAAGGGGAGGAGGGACCUCUCUCUUUCUCCUCCCCCCUUUCCUGGCCCCACAAGAAUAUUGAUGGAAUCUUUGCUUGGGUUGCCAGGCUCUUCACUCUGUAGUUGUCAUCUUGAUUGUCAGCUGGGAAGGGGAUUUAAAAUGGACAUUGUUACCCCUCCCCUUUUCCUUUUGCUAAUCUUACAUUGCUCAAACCAUAGAAGGGUUCAUAUACCUCUGAGAUGCUUUGUACUGAGAACAAGGGAAGCUAUGGAGCUCUUAAAAAACAAAACCCCACUACAUAAAAAUAUUAUGCCUCCAAUGAGAAGUGUACUGUUGGAGUAGUACUGCUAAAAUUGGAGUGUUUCCAAAUGGAAAGUAUUUCCUGGGUUGAUGGGCUUCUGCUAAAAUUGUUAGCCAUUGGAAUUGUUUUGAAAGCCCCAAGUAACCCAGUGGGGGGGGGGGGAGGGGGACCCUUGAGGAUGAUGGACUUGAAAAUCCCGCAGAGUUGUAGAACAUAUUGAACAUUCUGCCUGUUUUCACGUGUCCCAGUCUUUCAGCAUUUUUAUUUGCAUAUUAUUAGCCUUUUUUAAAUUAAAGGGGGGGGGAGAGAAAGCCUCUGAUUUCUAACAAAUGUACAUUGCAGGGCCUUGGCAAUAGAGUAAGCAAGGUUACUUGAGUACAAAAGGCAGCUUGGCUCAUUCACUUGAGCACUAGGGCCUUGUAAUGUAAUUCAGUCUAAGUAAAUUUGUUAUAUAUAUUCAUCCUGUUUAUCCCUGCCUCUGUUUUCCUCCCAUUCCCCAGAUGUGGGGAACCAUUGGCCAGCUAAACAUUGCUGAACUACAAUUCUCACCACCCCUUGCCACUAGCCAUACUUGCUAAGGUUGAUGGGAAUUGUAGUUUAGCAACACAAGGAGGGCAAAUGUUCUGUUCUAGAUUGCAGGCCCUUUCGACUGUGCUGUGUAAAUAAUAACAACACUGUCAGUGAUGAGUAUUCUCCAGGAACAUUAAUUGAAUUCCAUAUUCAGCCAUAGGGAUACUACUAGCCACAGUAGCUACAUUAUACCUUCAGUAUUCAAGCCAGUAUGCCGUUCUGGCUUUCCCUGGCCAAUGAGGAACUGGAACUCAUAACUUUGGUUUUGUCAAAGGGUUUUAUUUUCAGAUUGAAAUUGUACAUUAAGACAAGCCACAAGUUGCAAGAAUCAUACAUUUAAAUUAGGGUUGACAUAUUAUACUUACUGUGAAUGUGAGCUAUGUUUCUUUUUCCUUUCUUAUGUUUCCAUAUAUAUAUAUAUAUAUAUAUAUAUAUAUAUAUAUAUAUAUAUAACGCCACAGAACCUAGGCAACAAAAAAAUCACCAGAGACCGGGAGACAGUGGUGGUUGUGGAGGUCUGCUUGAAACACCAGAACGGGUCUGUCACCUUUGCGUGACAACUAAUGGAUUACAGCUAGGAUUGCUUGAGUGUCUUUAUGUGCUUGUUUGCAUAACUCUAUGUGUUACUGGAGGAAAUUUAGUGGAUAAAGCUUUCUCCAUGAUUGCAUCUUAAUACUGGAAAAAGCUUAUCCUGUUGAAGGUAUGUUUUGUCUGUGUGCUAAGGCCCAGAAUAGGUGAUAAUCCAGGCAGUAAGGAAGAGUGGCAUAUAACAGAAAACACAAGAAGCAAAAGACAUGAAGGCCUUCACCUCCUGGGUGAAACAUCUGUGGAAGUUUUGGAGAUCAAGUCCAUUCUUGCCUCAGCAGAGUAACAGCAAGCAAAUCUUAAGGCUUUAGGCAUAUAUCUCCUGGGUGAUUUGCCACAGUAAUGCAUUCCAAGAGCAGGCAUGACUCUUCAGAGGCAACUCAUUUCUACUCAUUCUAACACAGGGGUAAUAUUUCCUUCCCUGUAUUUUAAAAAAUUUAAAUCUGGCAUGAAUUUCAUCCCCACCUUAAUGUUUUGCUCUGGGUUUGUAUUAUAAGGGACAUGUUUGUGCUGAAACAAAAGAAUUCCUACUGCUAACAUGCAGGUCUGGGCAGGAUCAUGGCAUGGCUCAGCCCAUUUAUCAAUCUCCGCCUUGAAAUCUGGAGUGGGGAGUGAAAACUCUGAUCCUAAAUUAUAUGUGAAAAGCCACAUUGUUGUGAUAUCAUUCUAAUAUGUGGCUGAAGCCUAAAAUGGUUAUUUUAAAGAUGAAAUAAUAUUUGCUUUGGGAAAUGAUGGCUUGCAAACAAACAGUGCGGAAAAUACUUUUAAAAUAGAAAACAUCACACACACACACUAUGUGAUCAUGAGAGACAUGCUUCUGAAGCAGUAUGUCUCAAUUCAUUUCUCAUGUUUUGAUCAUCCAUUGAUUUACUUUUUACAUUAUCAGUUGUAUCUGUUUUGUUUCAACCUUCUUAGGGGAAUAUUUCUAUAACCAUUGGUCGUGUGAUGGACCCCCUUCAAAUUGCAGAGGACUCCAGGGGCAUGAUUUAAGGAUGUGCAUGUCCCCCGCCCUGCACACACACACACACACACACACAAAAUGCUGGCUGGACCUGUUGAACCUCACAUUGACCCUGAAUGUACCAAACUGCACAUUCCAAGGGAAGAUUGAUAGUGGUGGACAAGCUGCUUUUCUUGGAAUUUUGUCUGCUGUUAAUGAUCUCAUCAGUGAGGAAUUCUUGAUAAGCUUCCAAGUAUCUCCAGGGUUCUCUCAUAACAAAGUUUGAACCUGCCCCUUCCCCAAACAUAUGCUCUUAAAAAGUUUGAAAUUUUGGUGUAGCGUGGAUCUUGCUGCAAAGAGAGAGAGGAGAGAGAAGCAGACAAUGACUCCAACCCUCUUUCUCGGCCUUCACCUUGCAACACUUUUAAAUCAAUAUGUCAUUUGUAGAAUAUUGUUGGCCCAUCCAAUAGCAGUAUGAUAGUCUUCCCUUUCUGUGUGGGAUUGUACUCUUUUGGGUAGAGGUAGCCAAGCAUAUCCAGGUAAGACAAGAGAAAGAUGUCGUGUAUGAAACCCUGGUGAAGUGGUGCCAGUCAUUGUGGACAAUAUUGAGCUUAAUGGAUGGAUGGACUAGCUAUGUAUAAGUCAGAUUCCUGAGACUGAUGGAAAUUGUAGUCAAACAACAUGUGAAGGGCACCAUAUAGGUUACAUUGCACAUUGUCAAAGGGAAACUCCCCACGGGGGUAGAAAUCAUAUAUCGAACAGAUGGAAAGCUCUUUAACUUGAGUUGGCUGAAAGGAAAGAGUAAGGUUACCAUAAUUUCUGUCAUAGAGCUUCAGUAUGCUGAUGACAACGUAGUGUGUGCACACUCAGAGGAUGUCCUCCAAACCAUCCUAAGUAUCUUUGCAGAAGCCUACGAAAUGCUUGGCCUGUCGCUCAACAUCAAAAAAACCAAAGUGCUGCACCAACAAGCUCAAAACCAACCCCUCUGCAGCACCACUAAUCCAACUCAGUGGUGUAACGUUGGAAAGUGUUGAUCACUUCUCCUACUUGGGCAGAUACCUUUCCACGUGGGCAGACAUUGAUGCCAAAAUCUAGCAUCACCUGAGCUUGGCGAGUGCAGCUUUCUCCUGAUUGAAGUACAGAGUGUUUGAGGACCAGGACAUUUGCAGGGAAACCAAAAUGCUUGUUUCCAAAGCUAUUGUACUACCAACUUUACUGUAUGCUUUUGAAACAUGGACUACUUAUAAACGCUGUCUCCAACUCCUUGAAAUAUUUCAUCAACGGUGUCUCCGGAAAAUUAUACAUAUCACGUGGGAAGACAGGCAAACUGAUGGCCAGUGUACUGGAAGAAGCAAAGAUCACCAGUGUCAAAGCAAUGAUUCCUCAGCAUCAACUUUGUUGGGCUGGUCAUGUUGUUCGGAUGCCUGAUUAUUGUCUUCCAAAGCAACUACUCUAUUCCAAACUUAAAAAUGGAAAGCAUAAUGCAGGUGGUCAACAAAAGAGGCAAAUCUUUAAAAAUGUAGUAUAAACACCGACAGUUGAGAAACACUGGCCUGCAAGCGUUCCAGUUGGAGAACAGCCUUUACCAAAGGUGUCAUGGACUUCGAAGAUGCUCAAAACUCUGGACGAAAGGGAGAAACGAGCUAAGAGGAAAGCAUGCUUGGCAAACCCUGACCAUGAUCAACUCCUGCCUGGAAAUGUAUGUCCCCACUGUGGAAGGACGUGUGGAUCCAGAAUUGACCUCCACAGUCGGACUCACUAUUAAGACUGUGUUCAUGGAAGGCACUCUUACUUGGCUAUCACUAAUCGCCAGAGAAGAAGAAGAAGAAUUGGCUACCCCAGCCGUUAGUGCCACUUCACACAUUGUGAAGAGCUUCCAACAAAGGUGAAAAUGUAGGAAGCUACUUUUUAUCAUAUCAAACUAUUUGUCUAAAUUUGGAAGUAUUGCCUCCUUGUACUGGCAGCAGCUCUCUACGGGCUCAGCUACAGGCAUUUACCCAUCCCAUCACCUUUUGGGAUGACAGCAGGCCUUGAAUCUGGGCCCAUUGGAAUACAGAUAAUACACUUGAACUAUGGGUCAUCCCUAGAGAAGUGAAUGUUAGUACUUUUAGUUGCACUUUCAAAACGUGUGUGUGUGUCAUGACGAGAGACAGAUUGGCUAGAAGAACUGAAAACAGACACACAAACUGCUUUGCACAAGGCAAAGACUGUCUCCAAGGCGCCACUCUCAUGGCACUGGAAAAUAAACUUCUGCUUUCAAAAAUGAAAUAAAAAUACAAUCAAAUAAAUGCGGAGCAGAAUGUCAUAGCUUUCAUGGAAGGGAGAAUGAGACUAGGGGAGAAGCAGGGUUAGCUUUGAUAUAUUUAGCUUAGAGACUUUCUAGCUUGUUGGGCAAGAGUAUUGAGAAGCCCUGGGAUUCUUGCUUUUCACUUUAGCCUUCUGUUGCUUUGUGCUCUGAGGGGAACCACACCAAAGCAAGGAUACCGGUGGGCAGAGUGCAUAAGCCCUUUUGCUGGUUUCACAGUGGUUUCUCUCAGCUUUGUCUGGCUAGCUAUGUCACAUGUGGACCACAGGCAUGUGAAUAUGUAUAUCUCACUUCCAAAACGAACUACUUUCACAUUUGUUUUCUUUGUACUGUCUAGGGUUUAUUUCUUGUGUAUUUAAAUCUACAUAAGUUACUAGACAACAAUGCUACAUGCACACCCCGCUGCUCACAUGCACUUUAAUUAUUAAAAGUAAAUCACUUGCCCUACCCUUUGUAAAUGUUUUGUUGCUUUACUGCUUAGAGGUGAUUCUUAAUUUUUAUUGGUGACUCAGUGCUGACUGUAUGCAUGCCCGUGCUAUAAUUUGUUUGUAUGGUUUACAUGUAUAGGAGCAAAGUGUUUAUCGAGUUGUACAUUGUCCUUUUAAAAAAAGCAUUGGCUAAUAAAUGUUUGACAUUCAUGGACAUAGGAAUUCAUGUGAAUUAAUGGAGAAUGUACAAAAACAGACAGCAUACAGAGGAGCUAUCAUACAUUGUCCUCUCUACAGGGGUAGUCUCCCAUAUGGCAGUCCUUUUGAUCUAUUUACUUUCUCCAAUAUACGGUAACUUGGAAAGUAUGCAUAUUGAGCAUUCCCUUUGCAAAAUUCUCUAUACAUGCAGCAUUGACAAUGUAUGUGUGUCUUCUUCACUGGGUGAUUGUAACUUGGAAAAAAGAGGGUACAGGAUCUGCGUCAGUCUAACAUGCCUACUUCGUUGAAUCAUGCCGAAUUACACAUACAUGAAUGAAUUUUUUUUUAAGAAUUGAAAACUUUCUCCAGGGCAAGUAUAAUUAAUUUUACUUACAGCAGUACUGUUGCAUGUCAAAGCAUGAAAAUGAAUGGAGGUGGUGGUGGGUGAUGGGGCAAAUCUUUGUCGCUUAGAUGACAAUCACAUUUUCACACGCUCCCCCCUCCCCCCCGCAAAACCUGCAGAGCGAAAGCAGCAUUGGUGAUACAAAAAGGAAAGGUCUGGCGUGCUUUUCUUUUUGGGUCUGGGAGCUGCUGACCAAAUCCCUUCUUCAUUACAAAGUUCAGGCACUUUUCUUUGUUUUUGUUUGGCAUGCCCCUUUGUGUGGCUGUUUUUUCCACCCCUGACGAGACCAUGGUCAUCUGAGGAUCAUGUGACCACACUGGGGUGAUCCUUUUCAGGAGAAUAAGCAGAUGCUGUCCUGCUUAUUUAAAAGCACAAAGGGAUUGGCCUUUCACGGUGCCCCCUUGCAUAUUUUAACUCUUUUUUUUCCUUUCUCAUGCCCCCUCCCCAAAUUUUGUGUGUGUACGUGUGUGUGUGUGUACGUAUGUAUGCACAUUGGGUUUGAGAACUGAUGACAUUUGUGUAGGGUAUUUGUGUGUUGUGUUGUGUUGUGUGGCUUUUCUUUCUGGCCUUUCAAGGGACUUGCUACUCCAAAAAGAACAAAAAAACCCCAAACACAUUUUCGUGUUAGCUAGUAGUGACUUUUUAAAAUAGCCAUGGUGUGCUGUGACAUUAUUGCAUUACAUAAUACCGGGUGGAACUUGCUCUCAAAUUAGACUAGAGUGGGGAAAUACAGUGAAGACCACCUCAGUGCUUCAGGGCCUCUACCUAUUGUCCACUGUAGGCCCUACCCCUGGAGCCCGUUAACACAGAUUACAGAGAUGGGGUAACAGCUAUGCUAAGGAGGCUGGCACAGCCCCACCAGCUUUAGUCCACCCUUAUCCAGCCUGCUUGCCUGCCUGCCUGCAUUUGUACGUAUAACAGGUCCAGGGGGUGGCACUGCCUGUCAUUUCCCUCUUCCUCCUCCUCAGUCCCAGUGUUUCCCCUUGUAGAGCUCAGCAAGGAAAAAAUGGGGACAGUACUAGAAUCAUUUGCCCUGCCUACAGAUGGGUCUACCUGCCUUCCACCCUACCAGCCCUAAUGGGCACCCAGUCACCACGGUAGCAAUUUCAAUGUAAUCUACAGCUAAAAUGCUCCAGAAGAUAGUAUUUAUUGGGUGACGGGAGGAAGAAAGGGGAGCAGCCUGUCUUGUGUGGGCAAGCUAUUAAAUAAAUGCUGCUCUGACAUGCAGAGAAGAGCCAAAGAGAGGGAGGGUACUAUGAUGCUCCUCUGCACACAAGUUCUUAAGUGGGCUUGAAUGGAUAAUUUGUGCAGCUCCAGUCCUAGGUGACUGUGAACAGCCACACCUGCUGCUUUUGCAACAGACCUUUAGUACCUGUGCCCCAGCUACUGUUGAGAGGUUACAAGCAGGGAACUGAGGCUGGGAGGGAGUGGUGUAGCAAUAAACAAUCAGGUUUGGAUCUCCCUCUCCAUGAGUGAAAUCUGGCUCUAUACCAAGUGGCUUAUGCUGGUAUUGUGAGCCUUGUUUUCAUUGCUAGGUAUAUAGACCAUACACUUGCUUUUUAUAAAUGAUUGACUGCGGAUUGGUUACCUGUAUGGCUGGUGGGGAUGCAUGAGAGUGAGGCUUGGAUGCGGAGGAUUGCAAAGGAUACAUUUGGCAGAGGUUACUGUGUCAGGGUAGGUGGGUGGAGAGCGUGGGUGAAGUGUGGGUGCAGUUCCUCUCUCGGUUCCUUUGAUUAGUUACUAAUGAUGCUGUUUUGUGGAGUUUUUUUUUUGCAUUUUUGCAUUGCUUUUUUAUCCAUAGUGUUUUUAUGGUCAAAACAAUAUUUUGCUUGAUGGUUAAAGGCGCUGAGAGUUGUUAGGAGGCCCUUUUCCUGUCAACAGACCCACAGUCCUCAGAUUUCCUUGGAAAGAGGGAUUGAUUGUUAAGCUACUCAGAGUUAUAGCUGUGUGAGGGGAAUAGGGGUCUCCUAACAACUCUCAGCACUCCCUAACAAACAACAUUUCUCAUAAUUCUUUAGGGGAAGCCAUGACUGUUCAAAGUGGCAAGAUAACUGUUUGAAUUGCAUAGUGCAGAUGGGGCUUCUCUGUGUGUGCAUGUUAUUAAGUUCAGUUUUAUCACUGCCAUUUUUACCAUUGGUCCCUAAGCCCAGCCCUUUACAUUACUGGGAAUAGCUCCAAGGUCUCAGGCAGUGUUUGGGGGGGCCUCUUUCCUAAGAUCCUUUUUAACUGGAGAUGCCUGGGAUUGAACCUGGGGCCUUCUGAAUGCUAAGCAGGUGCUCUGCCACUGAGCUAUUUGGUUGUCUUUCCCUGGUGAUAGGGUGUGGCCCUUCUUUCCUGUGGAGUAUUGUUUGUGAUCUCCUCCCUGUGAGGUUUUGAAGCUGCUGUUCCGUGAUAAGUUAAAAACAUGUGUCGUGCACGUUUUGCAGGGUGCAAAGGCUACAUUUCUAUAUAUGUGUUAAGAAACUGUUUUCAUGACGUCUUUGCCUCCAAGAUUGCAUCCAUAUGAAAAUAUCACUUGCAGAGUGUGAGAAGUACUUUUCUGUUGGAUUGGAAUGUUCAGCAGGGAUAUUGGCCAACCCUUCUUUCAAAGAGCUACAAUAGCUGCUCUCCUGACAUGAGAGAAGUGGGUCAGCACAACUUGGAACUGGGUCAGCUGUCUCCAGCAAGGCGAGGGGGAAAGCACUGUCUCGCAGAUGGGCAAAGCUGUUGCAGAAACAAAAAAAGGAGGCAACAUAGAAUGGAAUAGAAUAGAAAACUCCAGAUAUAGGCUUUAUUCAUGCUUUUAGCACAGCGCAAGCAGUUUUUACUUUCCCAGAUGAAAGACAAGUGUGUUGUAAGGGGGUUGUCCUUCAUUGUAGGUUUCAGGUGGUGUGGAAUGCAACCUCCCUCCUCUUUAGCUAUGCCCUUUGAAGGGCAUAUUGCAGUGGCACCCUCUUACUCUAAAUACCUUACAUGAAAGUAUGUUCUGGAAAUUUUCUUCUGAUUACAGCGUUCAGGGUUAUAUGGAAAUUUUUAGGCAUCAUGUGCACAGUCAUCUCAAGCACAUUAAUAUCAGUAGGGCAUGUGUGGGGGACAACCUUUGACCCUCCAGAUGUUGCUGAACUCCACCUCUCACCAGCUCCAGCUAGCAUGGCCAGGGAUUAUGGGAGUUGUAGUUCAGCUAUAUCCAGAGGACCAACAGCUCCAAACACCUGGGUUAAGGAGAAAGAAUGCAGCUCAGUGGUGAUUAGGCCUGGGCGAUAUAUCAAUAUAUCGCCCAGGACCAGUAUGGGGAGCAGACUGUGAUGUUGGCUUCACUCAGCAGCUUAUCACUGGUGAAACUUCCACUGCUCCUGAGCCCCUCUGCUAGCAGCAUCCUCCAGCAGCACUGCUAGCAGAGGGACUCAGGUAUGGUGGCAGUUUCACCAGUGAUAUAUCGCUGAGUGAAACUGCUGUUGCACUCUGCUCUCAUAUGAUGCAGAGAGAGAAACAAGCUGCAUAAGCGAAGCACCGAUACAGCUUGUUCACCCCCCUGCACCUUUAAACUGCUUGACUGAGGAGUGUGCAGCUGCCCUUACCUGAUCCAAACGGUUAAAGGAGCCCCCAGCCUGGCGCUGGCUCCUGUGAGCUGGUGGUGGUAGUGGGGCUCUAUGAAAUUGCUCAGCUGAGGGAAGCGCAGUUGGCGCUCCCCACAGUGAGCAGUUAAAGGAGCCCCAUGCUGUGCCUGCUCACAUGCGAGUGGCAGGAGUGCUGGAGCUGUGUGAGCGCCUGAAUGAAACCACUUCAGUUCCCGAGUGAAGAGCUGGGGCAGUUUCACCAGCUGCCUCGCAGGCAGAGGCCAAUGCGGCUUGUUUUUCAGUAUCACGGUAUGUUGCCAAACCGCCUAGUGGUGAUGCAUAUGCUUUGUGUACAGAAAGUUCUGAAAUUCAAUCCUUGGCAUUUCCAGUUAAAAUAUCAGGUAGCGUACUGAUGGAGAAGAUUCUCUUGUCUAAGAUCCUGGAGCAGUACCACUGCCCCUCAUCAUUACUGGACUAGAUAGGCAAACAGAGUUGUAUCCGGUGGUAGUCCUACUACUAACACAGGCUCAUUAAUUUCAAUGGGUCAGUUCUCAGUAGCACUACCUUUGGAUACAGCCCACAUUCUGCUCUGGUGUAAGGUAGCUUCCUAUGUUCUUGAGAAGCAAAAACUCAGUUUGGGGACUGUCAGCUUUACAAUUACGUUAUGUUGAACAGAAAGCCAGGAUUAUCUCUUCAGUUCUAUCUUCUCUGAGCUUCCUUGUGGUUCCCUGAAGAAAAUCUAUUUCAUUUGGCUAAUUUUGACUAGGUCUAUUUGUGGUCCUUGAAUUAGAAGCCUCAGAUGUACUUCCACCCGAGCUUUGUAUUAGAGUUUGCUAUUUCAUGCAUUUGUGGUUGUCAGCCCAAGAUUUUUUAAUAGUAACAGUAAUAGUAAUAGUAAUAGUAAUAGUAACAGUAUGUAUGUAUUUCAUUUAUAAAUCAUUUCCUGUGAGGUUUCUGAAGAGAUUUUCAAUACAAUAAUAUAUAUAGAAUGGCUACAUACAUGAAAACAAUUGCAUUUAUAAAAGCAAUUAAAAAUAUGAAUAUAAAAACAGUGUAAAGCAACAACAGCACAUACAAAUAGGUCACGUCCAUGCCAUACAUUUAAAGCACAUGGCUCCCUGCUCAAGAUUUAUGGGAAAUGCAGCUACAGUUCCCAGCACCCUUAACAAACUAAGUUUUGAGGAUUAUUCAGGGGAAAGUAAUGUGCUUUCAAUGUAUAGCAUGCAAGUGACCAAAAUCAAUUCAAAUCCAAGACAGAUACCAACCAGAAUAAAGAUUUUAGAAAGCUUAUUGAAAGAGAAAUGUCUUUAGCAGGUACUUGAAAAGGCAACAGAGAAGGUGCCUGUCUAAUAGGCAAUGGGAGAAAGUUCCAAAUGGUAGCUGCUUCCACAAUGUAGUACGGUGGUCAGAGUGUUGGACUAGGACCUGGGAGACUAGAGUUCAAAUCCCUAUUAAGCUGUGAAGCUUGUUGAGUGACCUUGGGUCAGCCACCAUCUCUUAGACUAAUCUACUUUGCAGGGAUCCUGAGAGGGCAAAAUGGGGGGGGGGGAUUGGGUGCAACACCUUGAGCUUCUUGGAUGAAAAAUAGGGUAUGAACCUAAUAAUAAACUAAUAAAGGCCCGAUUCCAACAUUGUGCAGAACAGACCUCCUGAUAGGAUGGUAUCUGCCAGAUGCCCUCUCCUGAAGAACACAGUGAUGGUUUGAGUAUGUUGGGAGAUGAGGUGAUCUUUUCAGCUUAAGAGAAAGGUUAGCGAAGUGUGAUCAAGGUUUAUAAAAUUAGGCAUGGUGUGGAGAAACGUCCACAGAAAAGUUAUUCACUUCUUCUUUACAUGCUAGAAUGUAAAGACAUCCAGUAAUACCAGCUUGGACACUGGGAGAAACAGAACGCUGAACUAGGUAGGCUUCUUGCUCUGAUCCAGCAGGGAAAUUCUUACCCUGUUAAGAUUUUUAUUUAUUUAUUUUUACGCACACUGCUCAUUCUAGAGUGCAUUGCACCAUUUAUUUGUUUGUUUGUUUGCUUCCUUUUGCUUCUGUGCCACGUUGACAUUAUUUCAUCCUUGCUCAUGCGUUUAGGGGUUUUGUGGGAAUACACUGUUUUAAUGUGUUGCUUUUUCUUGUGUGUGAAUAAUAUGUUCCAGAACACACUGUAAGAGAGAUUUUCCCUACUUCCCCCAGAGUUUGGUGUUUCCUGAAUGGACUUUCACUGAAGCCUUGAUUAAAAGAAUACAUAUCUCAGUACGUCCCAUAAGAGCUAUGAAGUUAUUCCUGUUAACUGGGAAUGCCCACAGCCAAUGUCCCCCUUGAUCAUCAGUAUUAACCCUACUGCUCUGUGCCAGUUGGCAUUCAGUCUCUCCCACCCCUGAUUUCCUCCUAUGCAAGUGAGGGAGCACAUAAUGAAUGAGUGCAGCCAUUUGUUUGAUAGUAUUAGUUUGAUAGUAUUAAACUGUGUAUAUGACACAUUUGUUUGCAUUGGUAUGGUUGCCAUAUUUCAAAAAGUUAAAACCAGGCUUUUUUUAGGAAGACCCCAAUCUGUAGCUUUCUGGUGACAAGACAAAGUUUUUUUUGAAAGUGCCUCACUCUGUAUGGAAGGAACCCUUGAAAGAUUUAUGCUCUCUAUGCAGGGAGGGGAAACCCCAAGGCUCUCUAUGCAGUUCUCCAGGCACUUUUAUCUGGCCUUGUGACUCUUCCUAGGCCGCGCCUUCCUUGAGUGCUUUCCCCUGACUGGAAUGUAUCCUUGAACUCUGAUAAUGCUUCUUGCUUGUCUAGAGAGUGAGUGGUGUGCAAAUGUGUAUAAAAAGCUACUGCACAAAGAUAAAUUCUAUGUUUAUUGCCUAGCCUUUUGUUGCCUCUGGCUCCACCCACUGCUGGCAUGUGGCCCCUGGUAGAUUGCCCAGAUGGGAAAGCGGCCCUUUGAAUGCAAAAGCUUCCCCACACUUGUUUUCUGCACAAUUUUGCAGGAAGCUUUUCUGGGAAUAGUUCAAGAGCCUUGGAGGAAGAGCAAUUUCAAUUUAAGAGUUGUGUCAGGGACAGGGAAAUACCUCUUAAUGCCUGAGACCCUGGAGAGCUGUUGCCAGCCAGGGUUGACAGUUGCAGGCUAGAUGGGCCAUUAAUCUGACCUGGUUUUAAGGCAGCAUCUUAUGUGCCUCUGUCUGUGCACAGGUAUCAAGAAAAGACUGGUUGUUUUUUAAGCGGCACUAAAGCAAAAAAAAAUAAAAAUGGGAAGGGGUUGCAACUGUUACCCAUUCUCUUUCCUGGGGCCAGUUGCCACAUCCAGCCUGACUGCCUGAGUACAAAGGCCCCUGCUUUUUGUUCAGGGCUUGCUUUUUAAACAUGCACCGAGCCUUUUGAUUUGAAUUGGGAAACGGGAGCCUCUAAGCGUUCAUCUCUGCCAGAACAAAAUGUUCAAGGCACUGCUGCGCUGGAGAUGCAGCUGGAGGUUUCAGUAUUAAUACCGCAUUAGCCAGAUGGAAAUGAGGUUGAAGGGUGUGUGUGUGAGAGAGCACAUGGGAAAAUGUCUUCCCUUUAAAGGAAACAGAGAGCUGAAUUAUACACAUACAGCUUUCAUAAUGUUACAAAAUAGCAGCAUCUGAUUAAUAAAUAUUUAGCAUUUAUGUAGCAUUUCCUAUUUUUCAUCUUACAACAACUCUGUAAGGUUGGUCAAUACUGUCGCCUCAUAAUAUUAUAAAGGGAAGGGGAAAAGGCUUUGCAUAAAGACCACCACUGUGCUCAUGGCAGCGGCAAGUCCCCUUCCCCCAUUUGUAAUUGCAAUCCAAUUUGUAAGCCCCAUUGAGUUUGGUGGGACUUACUCCCAGGUAAGUAUUGUUUAAAGGAAGCAUGCAACUCCCUUAUUAGAAGAGUUCCACCAGCUACCAGUCUAUUUCUGGGCACAAUUCAAAGCACUGGUUUUGACCUAUAAAGUCCUAUGCAGCUUAGGUCCAAACUCUCUGAAAGACCUCAUUCCCUCAUAUGAAACUGACUGGGUUUUGCGAUCUUUAGGAGAGGACCCGCCACCCUCACCCUCAUAGGCACCCUUGGUAGGAACAGUGGAAAGGCUGCUCCCAGACUCUGGAACUCCCUCCCUGGAGAAGCUAGACUGGCUCCCUCCUAGUUGCCCCUCUGCCAGCGGGUGAAGACCUUUUGUUCCAAAAGGCUUUUGGGAAUUGACCGCUUUUAAUGAAAGGGCUCAUGCCAUGCUGUUUUUAUUGUAAUUAUUUGCAUGUUUUAAACAGAUUUUAUAUACGUACCGUAUAUAGAUUUAAUCUUAUCAAUGUUUUAUUAAGAAUUGUUUUUUCUAUUUCUUGUUUUUACCUGUAAGCCAAUUCUGGUUUUUAUCUGUAGGGGUAUAAAUAAAUAAAUAUAUAAUACUACUACUACUAAUAAUAAUAAUAUUGUAGGCACAUCCUCUCAAUCUUCAUACUGUGCCAGCUCUCUUAUAAAUUCAUUUUUGGUGUGUUGUCUUGAAGACAUUUAGCUUUUAUCUCCAAGCAUUUUUUAAAAAUGUGUUUUUUUACGAUUGGAAUUCAAACAUUGACAUUUGUAAUGAGAGAAAUGGCCAGACAUUAAAUUUUUGGACUUCUGCUUUAAGACUUCUUCAAGUGUCACAUCCACAUCAUACAUUUAAAGCACAUGACUUUCCUCAAAGAAUCCUGGGAACUGUAUUUUCUUAAGGGUCCUGGGAAUUGUACCAUUGUGACUGGUAAACUUUCAUUCCUAUUAUUCUUUAGGGGGGUUCCAUGACUGUUAAAGUGGUAUAUAUGUGCUUUAAAUGUAUGGUGUGGGAUGUGACUCUGGAUAUCUAAGGCGUUUUAUGUGCUGUAUCCUAAUAGAGAGUUUUUUGAGUGCAAAAAUCCAAGGAUAAAUCUCCCACUGAAAUAUGACCAAAUUCUCUUUGGCUUUCAUGCAUUUCAGCUUCUCCUUGUGAAGGUCCUCUCAUAAAAAGCCCUUGCUUUUGGUUUUGCUUUUUGUGGGCAAAAUGCAUCUUGCUAUGGAACACAGUUGGCAGUGGGUGAAGGAAUGUAGGUUGCACUCUUAUCACAGCAGAAAUUUGUGCUUGGACCAUCUGACCUCCCAAUUGGAGGUUGUUUGGUUUUUUGUUUUUGCACCUCAAAGAAUGCCUGUAAACAGGGACAGUUUAUCAUUUUGAUAAUCAACUGAACUGACAGGAAAGAAACAGCUAUUCUGGAGCUACUAAUGGUACAGAGAACAUUUAACUAUCAUGUGUCUUAAUUAUGAGAUGAGGUUUACCAUCUCAUCUCAGAAGGUGAUUUGUUAGUUGUGGGUUCUGAGGACGGCCAGAAAUGGACACAGUGAUGAUUUAAUGUAGAUGUUGGCAUCUGGCAAUCACUGGACCAAUUCUGGCUCACUGGCUGGUGUAGAUUGGCACCCAAAUUGCCAAUCUCAAAGGCAAAGGAACAGUUUGGGCAGCUGAUCAAGGGAGCUGGGCUUUGGUUCAUCCUGCAACAAAAUUUGUUAUUGAUUAGGAAUUUGGUGGUCAGGUCUACAUGCACAAUUAGUGGCCUCUUCAGUUAAGAAGCACCAUAACAUCUAUCCCCUCCCCAAAUAUAUAAGGUUCACAGUUAAUAUUUCUGAAUUUUGGGAUACUAGGGACCUGGAUUUUUUUUCUGGCCCUGCCUCUUCUUGUCUGUAGGCUGGAGCUUCUUUGACUGCUAAUCCUCCACCAGAGAAGGGAGUCUCUUGUCUAGACCUGUUGUGUAGACUGAGGAUGGAAUGUUCUCUGGAUCAGGCAGCUUUCUAUUUCAUCCUUUUAAUUACAGCCAUGCUUUGAGAGCAAUGUACCAUCUUGAAAACCCUAGUGAUGCACAAAUGGUCACAAGUAAGAAAGUCCCAUUGUACUGUACCCCAUUAUGUAAGAUCAGCAACCAAGGUUGCUAAAUCUUGGUCUCAUUUUUUUAUUGCAUUUGCAGAGGGGCAGCUGCAGCAGGGGGCAGGGGAAGAGUCUUGUGGCUCCUUAAAGAUGAACACAUUUAUUUCAAGUUUUCUAAAUGGAGCUCUUUAUCCCAGUUGGACUCUAUAUCAGAUUUGAUCUGAUGUAUGUGCUGUUGUUGUUUUGAACUGUGUUUAUAUAUGCAAUUGCUUUAUUUAUUUUUUAUAUAUGUAACAGUUUUAUAGAUAGAUAGAUAGAUAGACCAUAAGUAUUGUAAAACACUUUGGAAUGUGUCAGGAAGGGAUUCAUAAAUGAAAUAAAUAAUCAUAACUAUGGCAAUAAGCUUCAGUGGACUAAUAUUAGUUGCUUUCUCUUUUUAAGAAUUCUAAAAGGGUAGAGGGUUUUUUCUGACCUUGCCUACAGAGAUAGGUCUGCAAACAAGAUAGGAUAGGCUAUUUCUCUCUCUCUCUCUCUCCCUCCCUCCCCCACGCUUCCCUGCUAUGGAAUACUGCAAGGUCAGAACCCAGUGGGAUCAGAGCCUUAAAGCAUCACAUUCAGCUGCAGUUGUGUGUCGGAGGCUAAACCAUUAAUUUAAUUACUCACAGAACAGCUCUGUCUCAGCUGAAAUCCUUAAAAAGGCAUUUCUCCACAUCUGUGCCCCUGCAUCUUCUGGGAGUAGCUUGCAAUUAAGGUCGAGCUUGGAUGGAAACAUUGUGUGCCCAGUUCAGAGUAUAGGGGUUUGAUGUUUGGGGUAGCAAUGAACAAAUUUUUAGAGGGGUGGGAUUUAUUCACAGUAUGGCACUCUGCAUUUGAGCUUUCCUGGUGGUGGUGGUGGUGGUGGUUGUUGUUUAAACAGCUCUGCACAGUCCACAAAGGAUACAGUCUCAAACCAUUUCAGCUGAGCUGGUGGCAGGAGCCCAGUAAAGGCUCCAUUGAAAUUAUGGAGGUUGUGCAGCAGCAGAAUGAAGCGGCAAGUGAUGAAAGCCAUUACGGAGUACAUCAGUGUUUCUCAAACUUGGGUCUCCAACUGUUUUUGGACUACAACUCCCAUCAUCCAUAGCUAGCAAGACCAGUGGUAAGGGAUGAUGGGAACUGUAUUCUGCAAACUUCUGAAGACACAAGUUUGGAAAAUACUGGAGUGUAGAUUAUACUGAGCUAGAUGAAUAGAUAGUCUGACUGGUAAGAACAUAAGGAGAGCACUGCUGGAUCAGGUUAAAGGCCCUGCUAUUCCAUCACCCUGUUCUUGCAGUGGUCAAUGGGCAGGGCAUGAAAGCAAGAGCCCUCUGUUGCUCAUAAGAAUGUAAGAAGAGCCUAGGUACUUGAUCAGGCGAAAUGCCCAUCUAGUCCAGUACUCUGUUCUCAUAGUGGCCAAGCAGAUGCUUCUAGGAUGCCACAGGCAGAUCUUGAGCUUAUCAGUGCUCUUCCUACUUGUGAUCCCCAUCAGCUGGUAUUUAGAGAAGUACUGCCUCCAGCAAUGAAGACAGAACACAGCCAUUGUGGCUAGUAUCCAUCAAUAACCUUCUCCAUGAAUUUGUAUGAUUCUCUUUUAGAGCAACUCAAGCUGGUUGUCACCACUACAUCUCAUAGAAGCAAAUUCCAUAGUUUUACUAUGCAAAAUCCUUUCUUUUAUCUGUUCUGGAUCUUCCAAGAUUCAGCUGUUAGUCUUAUGAGAGAGGGAGAAAAACUUCUCUCUGUCCCCGUCUCCAAACCUUGCAUAAUUAUAAUUGCAUAAUAAGACAGCUUCCUAUGUUUCCAAUGGAAUACAGUCAUUUUAGGCAAAUAAAGUCUCCCUUCAUAUGAGGCACCUCAUGCUGAACAAUUCACAUAGAAGAACCUAAUUUUCAUUUAGUUCAUGUGAGAACAUCCUCACUCUUGGUCCUGCACAAGUCUUACGUAACUGCUUCUGAAGCAGGGGAAGGUUCAUCUCAGGCAGCUAUGCUGACCUGCUUGACAUCUUGUGUCUCCUCCCUUGAUGCUGUCUGGAGAAAUUUGCUUUAUAUUCCCUUUCCAAGCAGAUAGGCCUGGGUGACAUGUACUCAGCAUUAUAGCCUUGCAGUGGCUUGUAGCAAGACUGCUUUCUUUGGCUCCUCAGCCCUCUCAGACAGCAAACAGUGUGUGUGUUAAAAUGCUGUUCUUUCUGGGUGGGGGCACCUUUUCCUGCUCUAUUUCAAGAGCAGCGUUGCACCUUCUUGGUUGAUUUAAAGGGUUUAAAGAACUUGCAAUGGAUUUAUCAUAUUAGUUUUAGGAUUCUUCCAGGCUGUUGCUGCUUUUCAGGUGGGAUUCAGUCACAUGCCAGCCAGUUCAGGUUGCUCAAUUGUAGUUGAUGCACAACAAGCCCACUUCCCCCAAAUAUCGGACUUCUUGCAACAAGAAAAGUGCUGGGGAAAAUGUCUUUGGAAGUGUAGGAUAUCACUUGCUUUGAUGCAGCAUUCUCUAGGCUCCCUGCAGACAAAUCAGAUUGAACGUUAAUUAAAAAGCCAAAAACUAAUGUCCAAAUCAGGAUAAAUUCUCAAUAAGCAAGUUGUCUGGGAGUGUCUGUAGCUGGCUAGUUGAUUUAAUCCAGGGCUGGGCCCCUAUUUUUCUGUUGAUGGCCACGUUCCGUCAGGCGGCAGCCCUGUGCUGGUACAAAAGUCCACCUGAGGCUUCAGGUUACCCACCUAUGAUAUUAUCAAUCAGUUUAAAUCUGCAUAUAGGUAUAAACAGUAUGUUUGAGAUGAGAUACAUAUUUCCUUUGUUUUUCGGCUGAUGCACACACGUCUCAAAUUUUAGACCCCAAAAUGGACUUCUGCCACCAUCAGUAGCUUUCUCUCAUGUCUGAUGCACGCUGAAUUUGUCACCUGUUCCAGAUUAGCUCCAGAUUGGUGACUGCUAACUUUAGAAAGCAGACAGGAAGUGGGGGGAAUAUCAUUAAAGAUAAACUGCUUUAGCGAUUAGCAUAGGGAACAAUUAACAGGAGGCUUGUUCCCUCCUUGGGAAUGAGAGAACAGUUGCAGCUGGGUGUGCAGGAUUUUGUUGAAGUCUAGAGAUAACUUUACUUGUUGGCAACGGAAGUCCAUUUACAUACUGAGGGGCUUCUUUGAUGCCUGAACAUUAAUUCUUAAAUUGAAGGGGGUUUGUACUAUACCCUUACCGUCUGUAAUAUACAAUAGAUGCUUCUGAUUAAGUGGACUCCUAAUCCACAGAUCAAUCUAAAAGGUAAACAUGUUACAGUGGUACCUCUACUUACGAGCACCUCUGGUGAAGUAUCCAUCGGGAUACACAUGUGGCAAACCUGGAAGUAUUUUUCCGGGUUUUGCCACAUGCACAGAAGUGCUCUACCACGCCGCGCGCAUGCGCAGAACAGGCACCUCAGGUUGUGAAAACCUCGGGAUCCAACCGGAGCUCCAGAAUGGAUCCCGUCCGCAACCAGAGGUACCACUGUAUUGCUACUUCAAAAAACCGCCAAGAGGGAAGUUCAAACAGCAGUAAUGACUCCUUCUCAGAAUCCAGACAGGUUCCUCAGUAGCUUGCCCUUAAAGGCAGUGAUUACUAGCCAUGGCAGCUAUGGUCUCAAUCCAUGGUUGGAGGCAGCAUGUAUCUGAAAACAAGUUGCUGAAUCACAAGUGAAGAGAGUGGCUGUUAUAUUCAGGUCCUGCUUGCAGACUUCCCAAAGGAUCAUCUAGGCCCUUACAUUAAGGGGACUCCAGAAAGAUUUACAUGAUUAUGAGUGUUAGUCUUUGGGGCUUAAGGUGACAUACUGCAAGGAAUUAUUUGCUCAGAGUGGUUUGGUCCUUUGUACAGCAGAGUGUAAACUCUUGCAUUAGGUGCUCAGCAGGUGCACCAGGGACAAAAUGGAUUUGCUUGCUUUCCCAAGUGACCAUCAGGAGGUGGGUGCUGCAGAGAGUGCUUUCCAGUUGCAAGCACCCUGUAGGAGCAGCCCACUGAUGUGAAGUGCUGCUUUUGGGCAGGUCUAAGAAUGGUCCUUUGUAAUGUUACAGGGAAAGUAAAAUGCUGCCUCUUGUGAGUUUUCUUUCCAGGAUGUGGCAAGUUGUCAUUCUUUCCACCCUCACUCUUGUGAGUCAAAACCUAUGUGAAUAGACAACCUGAGUCUUGGGAAUGGCCAGCAAUUUCUUUCUUUACUUGGGCACUGUCCCUGGUGUCUGUCCAACUGCUAAACUUCCAACUUUUAGUUGAAGCAUUAGUCAUGUAUCCACUUUGGCAGCCCGUCACCUCCCGGAUGUUUCUUUAGAUGGCCACUUGCCUUGCGACUCUCCAAGGGAGAGGCAUAAGAACAUAAGAAGAGCCUUGCUGGAUUGGAUUAAUACUCCAGCUGGUCUAACAGCAUCCUGUUUCCCACCAUGGCCAACCACAUGCAUCUGGGAAGCCUGCAGCCAGGGCAUGAAGGCAGAUCCUCUUCCUAUUGUUGCUCCUCAGCAACAAGUGAUAGAAUGCCUCUGAACUCAGAGGUUUCAUGUAGCCAUCAUGGCUAACAGUCAUUGAAAGAUUCACCAUUCAUGCAUUUAUAACACCCCACCUCUUUAACAACUCCUUAACCUAGUGGCCAUCACCAGACAAGGCAUCCCUGAGGUCAAAUAACAUUCAGUCCCAUCUGAGAGUAAAAUUUAAAGGAGGAGAAUCCAGCUUUCCUAUCUGUAAUCUCAGUUCCAUGUCUUUUGCAAACACAUUACUCAUCCCCCCCCCCCCGGAUAUCUCCAGUUCAUUGCAAAGUCAUUUCAGAUUUAUGAGGUUUAAACAAAUUUGCCUUUUUAUUGCUUUUGUUUUAAUUCCAGGACAUAUUAUGCAAAUUUAGUAUGAUUUAUGCAGUCUAGAUUUUGUGUGUGUGUGUGUGUGUGUGUGUGUGUGAGAGAGAGAGAGAAAAUAAUUUUCUUAGGGCAACACUUUGUAUUUUGAGAUUCCAAAUUGAGGGACUGAAUUUCUCUAGGCUCCUUUUUGAGUGACUCUGUGUGUGUGUGUGCACACACACUCUUUGCAUGCAUGCUUUGCACUGCACUACAAAAUUAGUUGCACCUCCCCCUCAAGCCCCCAGCCCUGUCCCAUAUGCUCAGUCUCAUACAGAGUUAAUGUGCAGGUAUAAAAAUAGCUGUUGCACAUGCCACUUCAGAGAUCCCAGUUAACAGGUGUACAGAGGAUGCUUUCUAGUUGAGCUCACCUGUCUGUCAGUGUGUCUUUUUGAAAUGCUGGGAGUACAGACAUGUGGUUGGGUAGAAAGAGCAGUACUGAAGCUGAUUUGUCUCAAAAUCUGAAACUUGGGGUUGACUUAAAAAAUAAAUAAAUCAAAAAGUGGUUUCUGUAAUGCAGCAUUACAGAACUACGGACAGUAGACCUUGGACUGGCCUUCUUAGGCAGCCAAAACAUAGCAUAAUUGAACCUGAUAAGUGUGUCAGACUAUCUCCAAGGCCCAUUGCAAUAAUGGGCAAGUGUCUCAUUCUCAUUGCAGAAAACGGGUGCACGAUCCUGCUGCAUUCUUACACUUCUGCAAUCUCCAGUGAUAAUAGCAUUUUGUAGACAACUUUGAUUACUUGACAUCUCUGUGUGUGUGUGUGUGUGUGUGUGUGUGUGUGUGUUUAAAAAGAUAUUCCUGAUGUAAGAGGAGAAAGAUUAAAGUCCGGAUGAUUUGCAAAAUACCCAGAGCAAAUUUCAUUGUGGAGCUGCUUUUAUAGGCGUAAGUUAUGGAUCAUAGGACAAAAAUGUCUUCAGACUAGAAGAAAAAAAUAGACUGUAGAGUACUUACUGUCAUCAAUAAUUUCUAUAGUUUUCCCACCAUAUACACAUAUAUGCCAGCACUUCCCAACCUGGUGCCCUCCAGAUGUUUUGGACUACAAGCAGUUCUCAUCAGCCCCAGCCAGCACACCCACUGUAGUCUAAAACAUGGAGGGCACCAUGUUGACGAAGGCUGAUAUAUAGGGUGUUACAGUUUUCAUUUUAUCCUCACAACUUCUCUGCCAAGUUGGUUAAGGUUUGAAAGGCAAGAGGCUCUUGCCUAAGGCUUACCCAGUGAGUGGCCUUUCAUAACUCUCAUUCUUCAUUCAAACCUCACCCAUGUUCAGAUCUUGCCCCAUUGUUUCCCAUUUGCACUGCUUGGCUUAAAAAAUAAAAGUUGUUUAAUUUUAUAUUCUUUACAAUCCCUUGUUUGUAAGAGUUUGGGGAUGGGGAGAGAGAAAGGAGGAAUGUCAUAAUUAAACUAAAGUGUGUGGAGAAAGCUUACAAGUGUAUAUGGAGCAGCAUGAUACACAAGCAUAGAAAACUGAGUCUUAUUCUAAGUUAGACCAUUGGUGCAUCUUGCUCAUUACUGUCUGUUGGACAGUGACAAGAGUUUCCUUACUGCAUAGCUUUGGAAUCAGUGGCCCAUAAUGUCUGCCAACCCCUGUUGCUUCUUGACAUUCUCCAUAAACUAAUGGUGCUAUUUGGGAAAAUGUAAGCAAUAAGUUGCAACAUGAUCAAGCUCCAUUAGUGCUCUUUUUCUCUUUUUCUAAUAACCAUUGUGUUCUAAGUUGCUGUGGGGUGAGGCGUUUGUGGCCCUAGGAUCACAUUCCCUCCUAGGGGCCAUAUGGCAGUGGUUAAGCAAGGCCAGAGUCAAUAGUAAGCAGAGCAGCAAAACAUAGAUGUUACCUUUUUACAUUAGGUUGGUUUCUACACUUGCACAUGCCUCUCUGUCCUCCAGCCAUGCAAGCAGGAAAUCUUAUCAAAGUUCAAGGACACAUUCUAGCCAGGUGAAAACACAGGAGAGUGUGAAGCAAGAUAAGUGAGGGGUAUGGCCUGGGAAGAGUCUCAAGGGCCAGAUAGACAGGGCUAGAGGGUGCAAUUUGGCCUGAGUUUCCCAGCCCUGAUUUAGGAACUACAGUACUAUGCAUCCUGGUGUGUCAGUCCAAUCAGAUCAUGCAAUCUAAUCCUGAAGGUGCAAUUUUUAACCCAGACAUUGGGCAAACCUUCACAGUUAGUUCUUGUUUUUUUCUGUUUUUCCAAGCUUAUUAUUAGCACUUGCAGCCACAUAUGGGAUUCACAAAAUACUUACAGCUGAAGUCCUAAUGAGGGUUAAAAAAAAAUGAACCACUGGUUUUCAAAGACUGUAAGAGGCCUAUGCAGUGAGGCUCUGCUGUUAAGGCAGUCUUGAGCAAAAGUUGUGUGUGUGUGUGUGUGUGUGUGUGUUGUGUUUUAUAUUAAGGGGCAAUGUUGAGACAAUGCUGCGGCUGAAAAUGAAAAGGGCAGGUAGGUGGAAGUGAGAGGAACAUAAUUAGAAAAUCUGGCAGCCACUAGGCAACCUGUUUUAGGGAAGGGAGGAAGAGAGAGAGAGAGAGAGAUAAAAGGAUGUAAUUAAAUUUGUUAGCAAAAUAAAGACACACAAUGUUUCUUUUGUUGUCUUUAGGGUUUGUUAACCUCCCAAAUGUGUGUGCGCGCACUCGUGUGUGUUUAAAGCAUCACAGAAUGUAGCGACACACAUGCACCAACUACCUUCAAUGAAGUUGCCUUUUUGAAACCUUGACUUAAAAGACAAGAACAUGUUCCCUGUUGUGCUAUUCUGUGUAAAGUCUUGUUAUGUUCAGGAUGAUCUAGUGGAACUUUUGUUUUGAAUAUAAAAUAGUAGAUCACAAAACAAUUGAACUUGGCCCAAAAUAUGUCCCUUAGGAAGUGCAUGGCGUGUCAAUUCUUCAUUCUUUUGCCAUUCCAGAGGCAACAGAAGGCUGUAGGAGGAACUGGGAGCCCUACUCCUGGGACUUGCAGACCUGUCUUUGCCUCCUUCUUAAAAAUGGCCUUCUGGCAAAAUAAGUUACUGACUAAGGUAAGCAUGCAGUUGUUAGGCUUGUUGUAAAAUAAGUAAGAGUUGGCAAGGAACCUACAUCUCCCACCCAGCCAUCAUUAGGUAGUUUAGCUUUCUUGAGCAGCAACUGAAAGGGAGAAAGGGCAAAAUGCUGUUUGAAAGCAAAAUAUUGGCUGUGGCUAAUAAUGAAAAUGAAUCUGGCAGGCGCCAUAAUAAAAUGUAUUGGAGAUUUUAUCCCACCAUCCUCCCAAAAAAUUCUCCUGCAUAGCUUUAAUUAACAAAAGUCACUGUUUUCCCCUUCUCUGGUGUUAACUUAUUUAUAGGCCAACCUGCAUGUUAAAAUCAGUAAAUAACUUCCUGUGAGUGUUUUUAAUAAGGAUUUUGAAGAGUAUCAGACUCUCUGGCACUGUUUUGAUAUGUUCAUGUGGUUUUCAUUUAGUGCAAGGACCUGAAUUACAUAAGCAUAGUCAAUAAAGCAGGAUAUAGCAAGCCCUUCUGUUGUCCAGAUGUUAGAUGGGAUAAAAAACAAGAAAGAUGAGAUAAAAAACAAGAAAAAACCCCAGCAACAAACAAACACAACAACGAAACAGAAAUUAUGGUGUGGAGUUAACCCCAUUUAUGCUGAAAAAGAACCAACUUCAGUAAUGCCUCCCUUGUCACCUGGUGGUAAUUCUAACAGGGGAAGGGGCCGUAGCACAGUUAUAGGGCAUCUGCCUGAAACCCUGGUGCUGCCAGUUUGUGAAGACAUUACUAGAUGGACCAAUGGUCUGAUUUAAUAUAAGACAGCUUCCUGUGUUCUUAACUGGCCAAGGGUGACCAACUAAAGAGACUGUUUACAAGCAUGUGUAAUCAUUUGGUUGUAAGCAAUUCAUGUUUCUGAAUAAUGCAAGCAAAUGUAGUGGUCUAAAGAUGCUUGGGGAUAUUUCCACAGUAGGAGAAAUGGUCUUUGUUUGUUUUGCUUUGCUGAGAGAUAGAGCUAAAGACUGUAUGUGGGGGUUUUCCCUUGCUCAUGAUUUGUGAGGGAUGUGUUUGGUAGCAGAAAAGUCUGACAUUUGGGACAGCAUUCCUCCAUGCUGAUAACCUGAUCAAAAUCUUUCUGUGGCAGGGCACUGCCAGGGACACACAGCAUGCAUUCCAGCACCUCUGUCCAAGUGUAACACGGUUUUGGAAGCCAUUCAAAGAAAAAGGUGCGCAGAUGUGUCCUUCAUUGCUAGACAGUCACAUGAUUGAUCCAGUGCUGCUUUGAGAUAUAGGAAGCUCAGUGGACGCAAUGAGCUGAGCAUUUGUGCAUCUCGAGUAUUUGGAGAGAAGCUGGCAGGCCCCCUUUCCCUCUCAGUGGGAGUUGCACGAAACUCAGUGCAAGUUGCUCAGGUGAUAACAGGGAAAGUAAAGGGGAGACAUAGAAAAUCCUAAUACUGAAAUACAUCAACCAACUGCCAGCUGUCCUAGUGUCAUAUUUACGUGCUGAGAAGAAGACAUGGGUUUAAACUGUCUUCAUCUUAGCUGUCUCAGCUCUCCACUCCCCUGCCUCCAGUAGUCUUCUGAAAGACUGUGUCAAGUCUGGGUGGUUAUUUCUUUGUUGUUAUCCUUCUCUCUCCCCCCCCCAUUAUUAAAAAGGCAAGGAAUGGGUUAAUUAAGUACCACUCAGAGCAAUUGGCUGUAACUACCCUUCUUGAUCACUAUUCAAGACAGAAGCUGAGGCCAGUUUGGAUUGUAAACAACAACAUCGACCUCUCCCCCCCCCUUUAUGGCUUGUUGGUAUGUUUGUGUGAGGAGGAAGAAAGGGGAGGCCUACAAUCAAGCAUGCUGUAAAUCAUCAGUGUGGUUGGUGCUGGGGGAGGUCCUCCUGGGUGGGGAAGAGAGGUGAUGUGGGGGAGGAGGUGGGAGAAUUCUAAGGUAAUGAGAUGAUGAACUUUGGAGAGGGGUUGCUAUACAAUGGCCACAAGAAAAAAGAGAACUAAAAUAAAAAUGAAUUAGAUAGCUGACAUAGCCCUGAGUCAGACAUACUCAAGAGAAAGGAAUUGUAGUUGGAUGGUUAGAGGUUUGCUUGUUUCCUGAACUGGGAUGACGCAUACGAAAGGCUUCACAUUUCCUGCAGAAAGAAUCCACAUUGUGGAAGGCUUUAGGGGAUAUUUUUUUAAGGGGGAGGAAUGGGUUUUUUUGGACUGGGUUUAUUUGAGCAGUUCGUUCUGAGGUUUGGUUUUGGAGCAAUUUUUGCUUUUCUGCUGAAGGAGUCUUUCAGGAUUUCUUCUUAGGAACAGUCUGUAACUCAGUGGUCACAUCAUUUGCAAGGUCCCUAGAACUCAUGGGAAUCCAAUGAAGCUGAAUGUUGGAAGACUCUGGACAGAUAAAGUAUUUCCUCACACAGCACAUAGUUAAACUAUGGAACUUGCUCCCAUAGGAGGAAGUGAUGGUCACUGACCUGGAUGACUUUAAAAGAGAGUUGGACAAAUUCAUGGCUACUGGCUAUGUUCUUGCCUCCACAGUUGGAGGCAGUAAUGCUUCUGAAUACAAGCUGCUGGAAAUUGCAGGAGGAGGGGAGUGUUCUUGUGCUUAGGUCUCACUUGCAAGUUUCCCACAGGCAUAUAUGGCUGGCCAUUGUGAGAACAUGGUGCUAGACUAGAUGGGACACUGGCCUGAUUCAGCAGGCUUUUCUUAUGUCCUUCUGUCCCCAGGUUCAGUCCCCAGCAUCUCCAAGUAAUGCUGGGUAUGUCCUCUGCCUGAAACCCUGGAGAGCUGCUGCCAGUCUCUGCAGACAAUACUAAACUACAUGGACCAAUGGUCUGACUCAGUAUAAGGCAACUCCCUAGUGCAGUGCUUUAAAAAAUAGCAGAAUAUUUAAUUGCACUAUGGCCUAUUAUGUGAUUUUCAGUAAAGUUACUUUGCUUUUGCACACUUGCACAUACAGAUUAAUUUAGAGCUGUUUAUUCUAUGUUUUCCUCUUCAGGCAGUAAGUUCAUAAUUUUGAUCAGGAAUUUUUUUAGGCUUUUAAGGAAAAUUAGAGGACCAAUUUGCAUGCUUACUGAAAACGAAGACUCUUCAGUGUUAGGCUGUUGUAAGUGAGAUCCAUAUUUUCAAAGUAUAGUCCUGUCUUAUGGAAUGCUACCUUAAUAUAUCAAAUCAGACUAUAGGUCUAUAUCAUUAUCUGCCCAAUUAGCUGUGAUUUGUUUUCACUGUUUAAAUAAUUUUUAAUAUGUAUUUUUAUUGUUGCAAACUGCUUUGGGAUUUCCUUUAAUGGAAGAAGUAAUUCUAAUACAUAAAUAAUAUACCAGCCUUCCCCAAAGUGGUGCCCUCCAGAUACUGAACUAAAGCUCCUAGCAGCCCCAGCCAGCAUGGCCAACAGUUAUGACUGGAGUUAUAAUCCAAAAUAUCUGGAGGGUACCAGGUUGAGAAAAGCUGAUCUGCAUGGACUGUCAGUGUUUCUCAGGGUUUCAGAUAGGGGCCUUUCCUAGCUCUGCCUGGAGAUGCUGGAGUUUAGAUUACCAAGUGAAUUAGAAUCAUUAUUGUUUGCUUCCAAGCUUGGAUGUGAAAUCUCAACUGGAGAUUUCUAAUCAGAUUGGCACACUGUUGUUGGAUUAAAAACCCAAGGUGGUGGCUGCUUUAUUUGGAAGGCUUUGUGUACCAGGUUGGGAAUGGGUGGCUUGGUGGGAAGAAGAGAAGACCGCAAGUUCCUGGCUUUAUGUGGGGGUCAGACGGUCAGCAAGGAUGAUAGAAGGCUUGCAGUUGGCUAGGGUCCGCCAUCUGGCAAUCAUAAAACCGGCAAUACACAUUUUAAAGAGGAGGAAUGGCAAGGGAACAAGCUGCAGACAGUUGUCUUAAGAUCCUGCCCCUUAAGCAGACACCUUUUUUAGAACUCAUUUUCUCUUUGCUAGCUGGGGUGUCUGCACUGAGGGUCAAAAGUUCGCACUGUCCAGAUAUAUUCUCUCCCCCCCCCCCACCUCUGUGGACAAACUUUCCCCACCCAGCCUGCAAGAUAGGAACUGCAAUAAGGGGGCAAAAGAAUGCAGGCGAAUCUGACUUCUCUAAGCCAGCCACUCCUUGUGCUUUUCCUUCCUUCCCACAUAGAUGGAGGCUGGGGUCAGGAAAGAUCUGAUUGUUAGAAGUAGUUGGAGAACAAAUUUCAAAUGUAGCCUGAACAUUUUAGAAUGCUCUGGUUAGCCAAACUGGUGAAGACAUCCUCCAAAAACAAUAAGCUGCAAGUUCGCCCUUUAUCCUUAUUGUUUAUGGACUGUCCCUCCCUGUUUUGUGUGCAGCCACAAAUGUAUAAAAGACUGUUCAACUCCCCUCCACAGCAGUGUUUCCUGUAAGCCAGGUUUGAAGAAUAUGGCCUCCUUUGUGAGGCUUCCACUUCAACCCCAUCCAGUGGAUUUAUGGAUUCAAUCAGAAUACUCUCUGCCCUAUAAUACUCAUUAAUAUCAGAAUGCAGCAUUUCUCUCACAUCUUAACAGUUUAAUAAACUACCUACACAAAGCUGUCCGUCAGAGACUCAACAAUUGCACUACAGUGGUACCUCUGGUUACGUACUUAAUUCGUUCCAGAGGUCCGUUCUUAACCUGAAACUUCUUAACCUGAAGACCACUUUAGCUAACGGGGCCUCCCACUGCUGCUGCCGUGCGAUUUCUGUUCUCAUCCUGAAGCAAAGUUCUUAACCCAAGGUACUAUUUCUGGGUUAGUGGAGUCUGUAACCUGAAGCGUAUGUAACUCGAGGUACCACUGUACUGGCUUCUCAGAAUAUUGCAAGGUAUGAGGAGGGUUGGGAUUUUAUAGAUUUUGCCAUUUUGAUAAUUCUCUGUGUUACCAUUUUGGAUCCUUGUCUUGCAUCCUGCAAGGGCCAAAUUCAGCCAGCAGGUCUGUAUAUCCAGCUCUCCCAAGCCGCUUUCCCUCCCAUUGCUCCCAUCCCUCUGAACAGCUGCUGGUUGCCUCCCAGUCAAGGCAGCCAUUUUUCUCAAAUGGCACAAGGUGAGUGCCCAGGAGUAAACUUGGCAUUGGGACACCAACAGCUACAAGGGAGAAACACCAGCUGGCAGACAGGGACAUUCUGAAUAUUUCAGGGAUCAAAAAUUCUGUACUUUGUGUCAGAUUCUGUGCUGGAUGUGUGAAUCGACAAAGAGUGACAUUCUGUCCAACCCUUCUGCAAAACAACUUUUUGGGAAUGCAGGAAGCUGCUUUAUACUGAACAAAAACAUUGGUCUGCCUAGCUCAGCAUUGUCUACAGUGACUAGCAGCAGUUCUCCAGGUUUUUUCAGAAAGAGGUCUCAUUCAGCCCUACCUGGAUUGAACCUGGGACCUCCUGUGUGCAAAGCAGAUGCUCUACCACUGUGCCACACUCACCAGCCUUCUUCAUUUCCACAUAUUACAGCCAGUCUGUCUUCAUGCUUCAGUUACGUAUUGUUUUGGGUUUUUAAAAAUGCCCUGUUCAGGGGAAUUGUUCUCCCUCACCCCUUUUACAUUAGUGUAAGGACAAACCAGCUUCUCAAGCAAAGAUAAUGUGUAAAGCUGGAAUAAAAUAACGAGGCUCAAGGUGUGAUUAUUUUAUUGCAGUUGCAGCAUGCAGUCAAACCCAGGUAUAUUGGCAAUAUGUAUGUGGUAAACUGUUUUCCUUUGCAGAUGCUGCAUCUCCAGUGUAACAGUUUCAUUCUGGAAUGCAGCACUGCACAUCUGGUCUGCAUUACCGCAGAGCUCUGUCAUAAACGCCCAGAGAGCUACCUUGGCUUUUUAUGUUGAAAUGUUUGUAUUACACAAAUACCCCGUUGCCAAGCAAUCUUUAUUAAAAGAGCCAGUUUAUGCUCCCUGCAUUAUAAUAGAGAGGUGGGGGGGGGUCUCAGAAGGUCAUAUAUGUAACACAUCUGCAGCUCAAGUUCCUAGUCUCCAAGGGUGUGAGCUGUAGCUGUACUGGACGAAAGGUGGAAGCCACUUUAGUCUUUGACUGAAUUAAACUUUUUAAAAUCCCAUACCGUUUUUGAUAGUUCUGGUUAUUUUACUGGAAGGGGUGGGGUGUGAGGAAACACAAUGUACAAUAUUUUAAAAAUCAAAACAAAUGUAGGCUUCUUAGAAAUUGCAACUGUUGCCAUUCUUCCAGAUGAAUUUUCCCACCAAGAAAGGGUUGCCAUCUUUUCUUUUUACCAUCUCUGAUCCUUUAUCUUUAACUGCAUUAUUAUUAUUAUUAUUAUUAUUAUUAUCAUCAUCAUCAUCAUCAUCAUCUUGUGCUGUCUUGGAGAAAAUAACUUCAUCAGCUAAAUGGGAACAGGACCCAUAAAUACUUAGUAAACUCUACAUCAAGAGGACUAGAAAAUAACUGGGUUUGCUUGUUUAAGGGAAGGACUGUAGUUUAGUGGUAGAUCAUCUGCUUUGCAAGAAGGUCCCAGAUUCAGUCCCUGACAUCCCGUGGUAGGGCUGGGAAAGGACUCCUGUUUGAAACCCCAGAGUGCUGCUGUCUGUCAUAAUACUGAAUGAUAUGGACCAAGGGUCUGACUGUGUAGAAAGGAGCUUUCUAUGUUCCUUUGUCUUUUUAAAGAGAAAGAUGUAAAGACACUAGGACUGCCAGCCUAUAUCCUGGUACAGUAGUACCUCAGGUUACAUACACUUCAGGUUACAUACACUUCAGGUUACAUACACUUCAGGUUACAGACUCUGCUAACCCAGAAAUAGUGCUUCAGGUUAAGAACUUUGCUUCAGGAUGAGAACAGAAAUUGUGCUCCGGCGGCGUGGCAGCAGCAGGAGGCCCCAUUAGCUAAAGUGGUGCUUCAGGUUAAGAACAGUUUCAGAUUAAGUACGGACCUCCGGAACGAAUUAAGUACUUAACCCAAGGUACCACUGUAUUGUCCCAUUGGACUCAGUAGGGUAGACCUACAGUUAGUCCUACUCUGAGAAGACACAUAGAAAUUAAUGUGCAUGACUAACUUAUGCCAAUUAAUUUCAGUGAGUCUACUCUGAAUAGAACUUCGUUUGCUAUAACUCAGUGGGAUUUUCUUAUUGACCAUUUUAUAAGACCACCUCGGCCUAUCUCCCCUCAAAAAGGAGAGAAAGUAGCUACUAUAUAUAGUGGGAUAUAGUCAAUGUUUGUCCCCCUCAGAGUUAGACACACUGAUGCUAAGGACAAACUUAGGUCCAUUAAUUUCAGUGGGUCCAUUCUGAGAGGAUCUUAGCUAGAUCUAGCCCAUUGCUUGUUUUGCUGUGGGGUUGGGUUUUUUUAAAAAACAUAGUUUGGGAUCAUGGACCAGAACUUUUUGAACCAGCUCUGAAAAAUUCACAGUUCUAAGCUGGUUUUCAUUAUGACGUUGGCUUAUCUCCUUAAUGACAUACUAUGGCUUUGCAUUAUGUGCAAACCAGGCCUGCACAAAAUAGUGAUUCAUGCAGGUUUGUAGUGCAGAUACUCCCUGCUGCUGCUUCUCCUCCCCCCACUUCAGUGUGAGCCAAGGUAGAAAUUUUGGGAGAACUAGUUUGUGUGCUUACAUUAUCAGUUCCUUAAGCCUAGAGAUAAAUAUUUUGCUCUUUCAGCUGCUUUCUUUUCUUUUUAAAGUAAAAGGGCGUUUCUCACACCACUGCAGAAUCUUAGCAAGAGACAUCAAAGCUUGUAUGGCAGGAAAAGGAAGAAGGCUGGCUGGCUAAGCUUUUUUAGCAUUGUGUCAGUCGCAACUGUCUAUCGGAAACCACAAAAAAAAGAAGCUGUGCCUUAAUCUGUGUAGACCUGCAGUCACAACAUGCCUUGUGCUUGUCCAAGAGGCCACUUCCUAUCCAGCAGUAUCCUUCUGUCCUCCCAAAUGGCUACUUCCUCUUUUCAGCUUCACUGGUGCAGUUCUGCUUCCGCCCCGAAGCAUGUUGCUCCUCUGCUGUGCAGUCGGGACUUUCAAGCUUGGCAGCUCCUUUGCUUGCAGAAGUGAGUUCCUCUUAGGUCACGGCGUAAAGUGCAUUUGCAUGGGUUUGGCAAGGUGGAGGGAACGCCAAUGCAUCAAACCCAGUUGGCAAGAGGCCCUCUGGACGCUGUUUUAAUUAGAAGCACCGUGAAAACUCCCUUUUGUGGUUUCACUUCUCAGGGCCAGAGUUGUGGGAAAUGUUUUCUCCAGGUUCCAGCUGCCCUGGCUCUUUCAGGUGCAUGUUCUGGCUCUUCAGAUCCAGGUGAGCCUAGGUGGGGAAGGAACACGCAAGAUAGCUCAGCCUUCCAGGUGUACCUGCCUCUGCCUGUGUUCCAAAAGAGGGCAUGGUUGGGUAGGGAGCGUAGGUGCGGCCUAGAUUUGGUACAAGAAGAUAUGUGUACUGAAAUUCUCUGGCCUGUGGUUACAAAGCACAUACACACACUUGCUGAGGAGUCAGGCAGACAAGGAAGCAUAAGAACAGGCCAAAACCUGAUAUUCUCCUACAUCCUGUUCUCACAGUGGCCAACCAUAUGAGCUCUGGUAGAUCAGGUUAAAGGCCCAUCUAGUCUAGCACUCAAUUCUCACAGUGGCCAACCAGAUGCCUAUGGGAAACCUGCAAGCAGGACCUUAGUGCAACAGCAUUCUCCCCGCUUGUGAUUCCCAGCAACUGGUAUUCAGAGGCAUUUGCUGUCUUAACAGUGGAAGCAGAACAUAGCAGCCAAUAUCUGCAAGGCCACAUUCACCAUUGCCUGCUUUUGAAACAUCCCUGACCCAGUGUGCUCACUGUCUACAGUCCAUCACAAACAACAGAGGAAAAUCAAAUGAAGGCAGGUUACAAAUGGGGAACAAUAUGCCUUCAAAGGUGGGAGGGUGUUCCUGAGUAGCGUCACCUCGUUAUUCUCACUGCUAUUGGUCUAAAGUGCCCUAGUGCUUAGGAGGAGGAGGCAAGUCAAGCAGCAGCUGCUUCUUCGUACUCCGGUCACUACUUGCUCACUAGGAAAGGGCAGGCGAACAGGCAAGGAGGAUUUAGGAGCCUCCAGAGGGCAGGCAGGGGGUUAGCUGUGGGCUCCAGUAGAUGCCUGAUGAUGCCAGCCUCUGGUUCAUCUUCUUGUGGUGAAUUUUAUUUCCUGUCCCUCUGACUCUUUUGACCAUCUGCCCCCAAUAGGCAUACAUUCCCCCCUUCCAGGCUCAGUUCUCCCACCCAUGCCACUUCCACCACCCCCUCUCACUUAUUAGUUCAGCUCCAUUUUAAGCUUCUUCCUGGGAAGACUGCCAGAAGGUGCAUGAGCAGACAGAUAUGCUUCAAAGACAGUAGAUGGACUUUGUGAUGAGUGUGUGUGUGUGUGGAUUUGGAAUGGCCAGGAUCCAGUUUUCCAAGAGCCCACCUGCAUCCUCAAUGCUGCAUGGGAAAUUGCUUUUGACACUUGCUGCAUAAUCCUUUGUAUACUUGGUUGCAAGUCUCACCAUUUUCAACAAAGAUUUGCUCCCUUAGUGUUUCAGGGCUGCAGAUAAAGAGGUACCAUUGUGUCGGGAAGGUAAACAGCGUUUCCUUGCACUCUGGUACUCAACACGGUGUCCCGUUGCACCAGAAGCGGUUUAGUCAUGCUGGCCACAUAACCCAGAAAGCUGUCUGUGGACAAACGCCAGCUCCCUUGGCCUGAAGCGAUAUGAGCGCUGUACCCCAUAGUCACCUUUGACUGGACUUAACGGUCCAGGGGUACUUUACCUUUACCUUUUUUCACCUAGUUUGCAUGUGUUUGUCUCAUGAAGUUCUAUUUUGUAAUUUGGGUUAUAUAGAUAAAAUUAAAUAAAAAUACAUUUUAUAAAAAUAGAUUAGUCUACUGACUUCCUUAAACACACACACACACACACACACACACACACACACACGGUGUGGCCAAUGUGGCUACUGUAGGCAGUAAGAUUCUUGUCAAAGAUUACAGUCUGUCAGUGGCAUUUGUGGUGAAGAAGCACUAUAUUAUAGUUGCACCCUUAAAAACUGUGAGUAUCUUUGUCUCAUCCAGUGGGUUCCCUUUCUCUUUAAAACAUAAAGAGGAAGUAGAGAUGCCUACUGGGGUUAUUUUUCCCAGCACCCCAUGCAUGGCGACUGGGCUGAGCCCUGCUUCUCUCAGGGCUAUUUAACAGCCCCAUUGAUAUUCAAAGUGCAUGGCUCCAUUUGAAUGAUCUGGGCCAAAAGACUCACUGAUGGUUCUUCCUCACAAGAAAAAGACAAGCUGAUUCCUGCUCUUCACAACAUUGCACAUUCUCUUUAUUUUUCAAAACCAAGCCAGGUGACUUCCUGAUUCCUUUAUGAUGUCGGGCUUGAAGGUUGCUGUUAUUCAAAACUUCUCCCCUUCUUCCUUUGCAAGACAACAGGCUAUUGAUGGCUUGAAUUGGUCAAAAACCAAAUCAUCCCCUCUCCUGUGAUACAUAUAACUAAAUGGUUCUAUAGCCAGAAGGCUAAGUGUUGCACCUCCCUUUUCUCCUUAUUAUGUUGUUAAUAAAACCUUGAAAGUGUGAUACCUUCUCAUUUCUCAGUACCACUGUCUUGCCACAGAGAGAUUAAUUCAUUCAUGCCUAGUGUUAUCAGUGCUGAUAAUAAGAUGAAAGCAUAGGGUUUCUAGGACUGCUUUGUUUCAAAGCAUGGAUAUGACUGGUCUCCACAGUAUGACGGAGCUCUUCCAAAACCUAGCUAAUUAAAUGAUAUCAUUGUGGCACCCAAACUCAAUUUUGCUAAAUCCUUCUCCCCAAUAUGAACUGGUAUGAAUCUUCUUAGUGGCUGCCACAUGAUCCACAUGUAGAUGCAUUUCUUUGUGCUCUUGCUUUCCUUACAUCCCUCAACUUUUAGUUUACAAUAAAACUUGGGAACUAAGAUAAGGCAGAAACCAUAGGUACAUAGGAAGCUGCCUUAUAAUUAGUCAAGCCACUGGUCCAUCUAGCUCAGUAUUAUUAGCUGCUCUCCAGAGUUUUAGGCAGGGGACAUUCUCAGCUCUUCCUGAAUAUGCUGGAGUUUGAACCACACACCUUAUGCAUACAAAGCUGGCGCUUCCAUUGAGCUACGUUGUGAGUUGUGGGUAAUGUAUGCUUUCUAAUGCUGCAAAGAAAAACAAUUGAGUAGAGGAACGUUGCAUUUAUUACGCCACGAGAUCUUGUGCAGCCUUACAGUAGUUUUUGAAAUGUGGGACCGUCAACACCAGAAUCAUUGCUUGAUUUGCUGCUGGAAUUGUACCGCAUUAGGGGUGCAUUUUAAAAUACCUCAGUGUGAAAUAACAUCUGUGUGUGUGUGUGUGUGUGUGUGUGUGUGUGUGGUGGGGACAUGUUGACUGGAAUUAAAAAGCAGAAUGUGCUUUCAACCCAUUCAGACUGCAGACUGUUAAAGAGUAUAAAUUAAGAUCCAGGGAAGGAGGGGGUAUAGCUUAUCCAGUGGAGUUGCCUAUCGGUGUUCAUGUGCAGAAUUAGGUCCCAUUUCACAUGAGUACAGAUUGAAAUGAUACCAGUUUUUAGCCAGAGUCCAGUUGCUCACGACAGAGUCCCUGAGAUAGCCUUUCAGCAGAGAACAAAGUGUUCAUCCCUUGACGCAUGUCCCAGAAACCUCAAAAAGAAAGAAAGGGGGUGGGGGACAAAAUCCAGAAUCCUUACUUGAGCACUACACUUUUCCAUCUAUUCCGCAGGGUGCUUCUAUCACUCAAAAUGUCCCUUCUGCCCAUCAAAUGCUCUCAUCCUGCCCUGCCAUUGUAAAACACCCCCAGAGUUCAAGAGGUCAUAGCCUUUGCAUGCCCUCCCCUACCUGCUUUUAUUACUUUCCGUUGCCUUCUCAUGACUUGGCAUUUCAUUACCAUCAGCAGCUCUUGCCGAGGUAUCAGACAGGUCAGGGAUGGGCACUGUGUGUUUCCUCUCUCUUUUACAACUCUCUCUGGUGUCUUUCUCAAGAUCCCUUUAUUUCUUCAGCGGCUGGACAGAGAGUAUAAAUAACUCCCCAACCUUUAACACGUGUGCUGGUUACUUAAGAGAGAGUGGCUUGUUUGCUUAAGUGCUUGACAACUAAGAAGAUCCCCCCCCCCUUUUAAAAGAAAAGAAAAGAAAGAGGGAGGUGCACAUCUCCUGAAACCUAUUGUUGUGGGAUUUUAAAAGUCUCUUGUCUCUAAUAAAACAAAGGGGAGUGAAGGAGGGCACCAAGGGAAGAAGAGAUUUUGUCUCCUAUCUAGCCAAAACCUCCCCAAAAUGGGGUCCUUCACUAUAAGCUGCUUCUGUUUCAAAUAUAAUAAGAACAGUACAGAAGCAACAUUAAAGCAGAUUUGAUUUUAAAAUGUAGGUCAAACUGCAGCGACUCAGUUUGGGGUGUGUGCAUGUGUGUGCACAUAUUAUUAUUACGUAUUUUUAAAUCUGCAUAAAGUUUAAGUAAUUAAAUAUAUUUUUGGCCUUCUUCACAUCAUCAGUAGCCUGCUGGGUCCUAACAGAGCCGACAAGUGCAAUGGGGAAGCUCUCAGCUUUGUGCAGAAGGGCAGUCACGAUUAAAAUGCAACCACGAUGGUUAUGAAUAUGGGGGUGCCCUGAAAGAGGUUGUGGCACCAUAAUGACUGGUGCACUCUUUCUUUUGCUUAGGCUUUUGUGAGUCAACUCCCACGUUGUCAGUGGGCUGUAGUACCUUGUGCUGCAACGAAUUUGUUGUUUUUACAGGUGCUGCAGGAGCUUCCAUUGUUAUUGUCAUUUCAAACUGAAAUGACUGCACUUCUGGAAUUAAAUGAGAUUGAGAUUUUAUGCGUGUGUGAGAAAAAAGGAAAAGGGAGUCAUGCCAGUUAUGAUUAAAAGUCAGGAGAUUGACAAAAACAGAGAAAAUGGCAGUAUGAUGCAAAACCAUGGUUUUUCUAUACUAUGUAUUGAAACUAUACUGUACAGUGGUAUCUCGGGUUACAGACGCUUCAGGUUACAGACGCUUCAGGUUACAGACUCUGCUAACCCAGAAAUAGUACCUCAGGUUAAGAACUUUGCUUCAGGAUGAGAACAGAAAUCACGCGGCGGCAGUGGGAGGCCCCAUUAGCUAAAGUGGUACCUCAGAUUAAGAACAGUUUCAGGUUAAGAAUAGACCUCCAGAACGAAUUAUGUUCUUAACCAGAGGUACCACUGUACUUUGUAUAUUUUGUAUUUUAUUAUUAGGCAGAGUUGGGGUUUCUUAAUUGGUGGUUGUAAGCUGCUUUGUGGAAAAAAAUCCUCAAAAAGCAGACCAUGCAUUUUUUAGCAAAUAAAAAUGUUGCUUAUUCCAAACAAGUUUGACCAGUAUAUAAAAUACAUAUUUAUUUGUGUUUCAUGAUAUAAGUUCUAGCCAUGAUCCAGAGUUCAUAAUUUGUGUGUUUGAUGCGAGAGACUAUUGAAUGGAAAAGUUUGAGCAGCCUUAUGCUAAUUCCCUAAACUGCUUUUUUAAAUUCAAAGAGUUUAUCUUUUAAAAACACAGUGUGCGUUUCAGGUGAACUGCUAAAAGGAAAAUUCACAGAAUAACUUGUGUGCAAGUGUGCAAGUAGAUGCCAUGCACACAUGCGUAUUGAUCUUUGACUCCAUUUAACUGAGUGCCAAUAAACAGGUAGGAUUCUGUGGGUUGUGUCCAAUGUUAGCCUUACUUAGAGUAGACCCACUAAAAUUAAUGGACCUAAGUAAUGCCUAUUCAUUUUAAUGGAUGCUUUUCAGUGGGUUUGCUCUGAGUAGAACUGAUAUUGUAUACAACCACAUACCUAUGGCAUUUGUGCUUCUUUUGUUGUUAAGUCCUGGACAGUUUGCAUAACUCAACAUCUCUCUCUCUUUUCUUUUCUUUUCUCUCCCCCUUCAUCUCCAUCUGGUCGUGGUGCCACCUGUCUCUUCCUGCACUGAAUGUUGUACAGGUAAGUAAUGCCGUACUCCUUACUCAGCGUCUGCUGUGUUAAUUUCACUGCUACCUCUUUGAUGAAUGUGUCCCACUUCUUGACUUGGAAUAAUGUAUUUCAGCCUCUGAGUGACCUUUGGAGGAUGUGCUUGAGCAGUUUUGCUAAGUGGUAGAUGAGGAUGGUGUGACAUCUCAAGAGGGACUAACUGGCAGCUUUGCCAGUACUGCUGCUUCCUUAUGGAUAUGCGCUAAAAAUCAAAUGCUCACUAAGGCAUCUGAAUGCCACAGCAAUAUAAUAUAUUUUGCCCCUUGUUGUCACUUUGUUCUGGUUUCUUGUGAGCAAAUCUUCAAUAUGCCUUGCUUCUUUUUUAAAUAGUAAAGUCAGUCAAGUAUCUUUCAAAUAGGCCAGUUGCAUAUUGUUCGAGUACAUGUGUGUUUGUAGUGGGGUGAGGUGCAGUUUGUUAUGCAGUUUCCAAAACAAUUCCCUCCCCCCCCAACACCUUUACUCUGACCAAAUAUUUUUUUAAAUGGUAUGGCACAUUAUAGCAUAUAUAUACUCUUUGGCCGAAAUAUAUAUUGCUAGAGAUAAUUUAGUUUGGCCUCCAGUUCUAAAUAUUUGCACUGAGGCAACACCAACAUGACACCCUAUUUUUGUGAAGCUGCCCCAAGAUUAUAACCAGCUGACCCUUGUGGGAAAACUUUCAGUGUUUGCAAUCGUGUGAAUGUUUAAAAUACUGGUGGUCAGAUUGGAAUGAUAGCACAAGCACCCUGCUAUGCCUCUGACUGUGACUGUGACUGGCGAGACUGAAUCGAGCAUUUGGAGAUCUAUGAAACAAGGGUACACACUCAGCAUUCCUUACUGCUCCCUUUGCCCAUUGAAAAUGAUAAUAGAAAUUUUACACCCACCCACACCUACAAAGUUAUUUAUUGUAACCCACUCAUGGUGCUUAUGGUGUGACAUACAAACGUAAUAAGUAAAUAGAAUAAAAUUGGGGAGGUGCACUACGCAUCUGGAAUUGGGCAAUAAAUAUUUCAGAUGAGAGAGUUAAGAGAGAUUGUAGCUUCCAGGAUACGUUUGUGUGAGAGAGUGGCCUUUCAUAAGCAGGAUAGUUAUGCAAAAUACUGUACUCCGAAAUCCAUGUUAGGUGCCCAGAUACUCCUUUCCAUAAUAUUACUUGUUCAGUCAGGGAUGGGGAACCUGCAGCCCUACUGGUGCUGUUUCCCUUGUGUUGCAUUUUGGGGGAGGGGCGUAUCCAUUUGUGCUCUGUGAAGCAGAUAUGACGGGGAACCUCUGCCCCUCUAGAUAUUGUUGAGGACUCCAAACUCCUAUCAGCACUAUCCAUCAUUGUAAGUGGUCAUGGAUGAUGGGUAUUGUAGCUCAGAAACAACAGGCUCCCUGUUGCCUGUGUUGGAGCAUAGGGACAAAAUAACAGUGUUCACCAUCACCAGAGAAAUAGCAUGAAUGAGCGGUUAAAUAGCCAGCCCACAUGAAGCUGUUUUUCACACCUGUCUCCUAGUAUCAGAUCUGGCACCUUUUGCAUAAAAUCUCACACCCUUUACACAGAUUACUGUGUCCCUCAGGCUUUCAGAGUGACAGACUUUCCUGUUCUCGAUGUCACUUGGGCAGUUAGAUCCUGUAAGCAUUGUGACAUUUUAGUUGGCUGUGCUGUCACCCCUUUGCUGCUUUUGGGGAUGCCCUGCAUCAGAUCCCAGCCAUUAUUAUUUUUAAAAGUGUUAUUUUCAAUGUUCCAUUGUUCUUGUUGUGAGGAGAUCAGAAGAGCUCAAACUAUAUUAUUCAGUUUUCAAGUAUUAUAUGAAUGAUGGGCAUCAGUUUUAUUAUGCUUAUUUUUGUGUUGCGGACCUGUCAGAAGUUUUAAUUCAGGUCCACAUUGUAGUGCAGCAACAUCUGGAGGGCCACAGGUUCCUCAACUGUGAUCUUAGAAGGAUCAAGAUACAUUCAAGUGAUGGGAAACAUCAAUCUCACUGUCAGUCAGAGCAGAUAAUUCUGGACUAGAUGAAUGAAUGAAUCCUGUUAUAAGGCCGCUUCUUAUGGAAAUCUUUGGACCAGAGCUGGAUAUUGUGGUUUGUCAACAUCUGGCAGGUCUACACAGUGGCUGCAGAUGUGGCUGAGGAGAACUAGCUAUUUGUCAGUUUGGUAAAGGGAUGGGAGAAGUGUAUAAACGAUUAAAUGAGAUGAGGAGAUUGCUUCCCAGCAAAGCCUGUUUUUGCUAAUGAAGAAAUAGCUGCUUAUCAGUCAGAAGGAGGUCUUUGAAAGCUUGUUCAAGGGUUAAAGUUACAGGCUGGAGUGCUCUUUACAGUCCUCUUAAGCAUAAGGACUCCUUUGGAAUGUGUGAAAGAGGCAAGUGAUGUUGAAGAUAAGAAUGAACUCUGAACUGCCUUACUAUGCUGCAAUCCAGUUUGUGCAUUAAUGUCCCACAACAGAAAGAGCAGAAUAAAUUUCCCACACACUUGCCCUCUUUUUUUAAAAAAAAAAGUAUGCGGAAAUCGCUUGGUUAUUAAGAUCCUUGAGAAUAAAUGAAUAUUACACAGGCUUCUGAAGUGGAAUAAAAUAAUUAAGUGGUGUUCUACAGUGGAUAAUAAAUAAUUAAGCCUGGCUCAUGUUUUAACUGGAAGGUGUGUUCAGACUAAUUUAGUCAAAUGUGACUGUUUUGAAUACGUAUUUCAUUUAUUUACACCAGUGGAAUGGUAGAUAGAUAGCAAAAGCUCUUUGUGCAAAGCAUUUUGCAUUGAUGUAGCUAAAUCAGUGCUAGUUAUAAAGUAUGUGUAUUCUGACACCACAUUCUCAGGGAACAGUUUCAGGGAACUGGAGACUCAGAAAUGUGGUGGAAAAGAGCAGUGCACCAAUUGGCACAGUGAUAAUCACUCAGUGGGGUGGGCACUUUAGUGGGAGGCAAAAUCCCCAUUGCAACUACAACAGGGGUCAGUAAGGUUUGUCUUGCCUGGGCUGGAUCGGUCCCGCGGAGAUCCCUCUGUGGGCCGGAUUGCGUGUGUGUGUGUGCACCUACGGUUUUUGGCAUCUGUGCAUGCGCAGACGCGAUUUCCGGCACCAUGGAAGUGAGUUCCUGCACCGUGCUGCAGCGGUUUAGCACAGCGCAGCAAAUGAGUAGGCAACUCGAUUCUGGGGCGGCUUGUGGGCCGGUCAAACGACCUCCGUGGACUGCUUCCGGCCCAUGGGCCUUAGGUUGCUGACCCCUGAACUACAGUGUGCGAUCUGACAAGUAUGGGAAGGAAGAGGCUGGGUUGUGGGGGCAGGUCAACAUCAUCUUCCUUGGAUGGACAUUCACUAACAGAUUUCCUACCCCUCCACCCAUAUACAUGCCUGUAUUCUGAAAGGUUGUUCAGGGUUUGAUUAGCAAACCUAAGGACCAGGGUAAGAAACUCGGUAAGAGGAAUUGAAUUGUAAGUGGUGCCUGACGUUCUCAAGUUUCCGAUGCUUCCAAAGCAGUCACCUAAGAUACUGCUUGUGGAAAAGAUCCAUUUACCUUCUGUGGACCCUUUUAUUUCUUUCUUAGUGACCACCCACUUUUUGUGGGGAAGGGCCAUGCAAUUGUAAAUGUCAGAGAGAAGCUUGCAUGAACUUACCACUCACUUAUUUGUACCACCAGCCCUCCUGCCACAUGCUUACAAGUUGCACCCCCUAAAACAUAGUUAUGCACUGUUGUCAUGGUAACCAGUUUUUUAAAAUGCUAAUCUUACUUUGGUUGGUAAUGCAGUUCUGCUAGGGAUAUCGGGCACAAUU